AAGCCAGAAAGGGAUAGAAUGUGUUAGAGGAGGGACAGCUCUCCAGAUAAUGAAGACAGAAGCAAUCCUCACACCGCUUUCAAUGGCCUGGAUUUAGAAAGAAAAAAAUAUCCCUACUACCAUCAUCACAUUAUCUUCCUUAAAUCCUAUGCAGGGCAUUAUCGGAUCCAGCGCAUCUGGGGUCACUGGAGAAGCCAGAGUAGCCCAUCCUAUUCUUACAUAUCAGGCCACCGGAGGACUCCUUGCUGCUGCUGUCACUGCUGUACUGGGAAGGCUGAAUAGGAUCCUUUAUUGGGUGAGGACCAGCAGUAUUGGAUCAUCAUUGCUAUUAGUCACUGAAUCCUGGGGGGUGAUAAAUCCAAGAUCUCCUAUGGGAAGCUCAGUACAUGUAAAUCCUUCUGUUUAAGGAUUAACAUAGCAGCCCUUUUCUAUUCUAACGGGAUCACAUCCUUCCUCAGUCGUAUGGAAUUCUGGAAAUUCCACGAAGGAACUACUGCUGUCAUUACUGAAGGAUCUCUGGCUCCCCACUGGAUGGAUAUCAUUCUGUCUUCUUUAUCAAGCCAUAGCCUCAGCUUCCAGCCUACUACUUUGGGUCACCAGUGGAUGAAUAGAUCUACUGCUGUUACCUUGUAGACAAACCAAUUCCAGUAUUAUAUCUUGCCACCAAUGUACACAGUGCUAUUUUAAGUAUUUGGUUUGCAAUGUAUGUACACGUGAAAGGUCACUGAGGGAUCACUGCAUGCUUUUAUAAAAUUGAAGGCCUACAAUUGGAAAGAUUUUAUUUCCAGCCUCUACAAGGUUGCACACCAAGGAUAUUAUUAUUUAUUGCAACACUAGCAUUUAAACUUCCAGGUUUCCAAAAAAAAACACCAACAAAACUACAAUUGUGACUAUUUUAUUUAUUUUUAAACAUUAUCUCCUUCAUUUUCUGUCAUGACCUCCGAUGAAUGGUUAUCAUAUUGCAAAAAACACCAAUCUGAAUGGACAUUAGAGCUGGACUUGUUGGGAUCACAUUCAGUCAAGAUAGGUGUUUGAAGCACAGAAAUGUAUUAAGGUGUUAUUUAAGUAUCGGCUGUGGAUUACCCAGGAGUAACUUUUAUUUUAAUUUUUAAUUCAUAAUUUAUAGUAUAUGUUUUGAAUGAGCAUUAAGAUCUGCUUGUCUGCAGAUUAUAUAUUUUUUAUCAGAACUGCUACUUUUUUGCUGUCUAAAGUGACCACUUGCUUGUUUGGUGUGGUAAAAUAACUGUAAUCAACAAUUGCAGAGAUUCAAGUUAGUCAAAAGAUAAGCUGUAUACAUCUGCUGGUGUUGAUGUGAUAACGUGCCCCUUCUCUCCUUAAGUUGGUUGAUUCGAUCCUCUGGCAAGAUGAACAAUUGACUAGGUUUGGGUUUGUGCUGUAAAUCAUGUAAAUCGAAGGAUCAACCUUUUCCAACCAUGGUGGAUUUAGCAGCUGGCGGCCAGGAGGUGAAGAAAACCUUUAUUGUUCCAGCCAUAAAACCUUUUGAUCACUAUGACUUCAACAGGGCCAAGGUGGCUAGUAAUCUGGCCUGGUUGGUUGCCAAGGCUUUUGGGGCAGGUAAGAUAAUUUUGUUCAUUAUUCUAUAUAAGACUGGAGACACUGACUUAGAACAAAACCAGCACGAGUCAGGUGAUGCACAUUUAUUUCAUUUUUUAAAAUUAAUCUUUCAAUAGCUCUGUGCUCUGUGUCUGCUUACAUUGAGAGGGAUGUCCCCCUGAACUGAUCUGCAUUGCACCAAUCAUCAUGUUCAGGUAUAAUUUGCAAAUCAGGGCUUUUACACACAAAUUGUGGGGUCUGGUAGCUGUCACAGCUUAUUUGGUGUUACAAGGGACUGGUGGCAUUCUGUAUUUAAUACCCAUCUAUCUUGUCUGUGUGUGUGUUAUGAAUCAUUGAUCUCAUUAUUUCAAAGGUUAAACUAUCAAAUAGGAGCACCCAAGCUCCACAUUGGUGGUAUUUCCUUGAAAUAAAAACUAUCAAAUCGAAUCUUGUUUAUCUGUAUGUGUGUUCACCUUAACUGAUGUUUUUUUUAACAUCAUUUUAAUGUUCAAUCAGUGUUAUGGAUAUAGAACAACCUGCACAGUGGAACAAUCACCAAGAAAAUUACAGUGGUUUCUAUGGUGAUAUCUUCACUUUUAGUACUUUGCCCUGUAAUUGUUGUUUUCUCCAUAUUCCCACCAGAGAUUUUGUGUGUGUGUGUAUAUGUAUGUGUGUGUGUGUGUGUGUAUAUAUAUAUUACAUUGUGAGAUAUCAACCGCUGUAAGGUUGACAUAUCUAUAUAAUUAACAGGCAACAUAAUUUACAAUAUUCCCAUUCCUCUGAGUAAAUGAUGUACAGUAUUUAUACAAGUUUAUCCUUUCGGUUGUGUGUGUAGGAUACGAUACAGCGUUACUGUAUUUAAUGAAAACAUGAUACUCCUGGGAAUCCACAUGUCAUAAAGUAAGGAAUCCUGAGAUGCUCUUUAACUAAGCAUCUAAACUGAACAGUGCAGUUUUUAUAGAGGGUAAUGACUGGUUUAUUCCUUGGAGCCAGUUGCUAUGGAAACACUUUGGUUAUACUGCUCUGUCCACUACUGGUCGAUUUGGCCACAUCUGAUAUAGGCCACUUUUGUCAACCUCUUAUUCUUCUCACCCUAAAGAAAAUGGAUGUUGUACUGAUUGUAUAGUAUCAGCUAUAUAUUUUUAUUGGUUUGCUUUUGAUAUAAUUAUAGGUUGAUGCCCCUUUUAAUCUGAAUUCCAGAAUUGUUUGCAGUCACUUUUGGAUUCACUGGGAAACAUGUAACCAAAAUAGCUUAGCCUGUUGGUACAUUUUAUCCAACUGUAACAUUUUGGCCUAACAUGUUCAACUUGCGUCCUGCAAAUCACUAUUCAGGGGAUAAACGCCAUACUGUUUGAUUUAUAUCCAUUAUCUAUUUGCUUUAUAUUUCCCAAAUACUCCUUCGAUUGCUAAUGGAAGACUCCAAGCACAAUAUCAACUACCCACUAGCACACUGUAGUGAUUAUUGUGCCAGGUUUGUUCUGUCGCCCCUCGCUGUAAGUAGUCAAACUGUUUUAGAAUGGUUUGACUUCAUACAUGGGGGCUGCUCCCCACUUCCACUACUUCUGACAGAGCAGAAAUCUCCUAAGCAGGAGCUCUGUUACCAGUUCUGAGCUAAGCCCUGCAGUAGUUAACUUAUUUGUUGGCUGAGAGUGUCAGCUGAUAGCUCUCAGCCAAUGAGCAAAGCCCUGCACCAAAAAGCUUAGUUCAGGCAGAGAAUGUGCAAUUCAGAUUUUGGAGGGCACCAAGUCACUCCUGGAUUUAAAACCAAUACUGAGAGGUAUAGUGGUUAUAGUGCUUGCAGUGUUCCUUUAAUCAAGAAGAAGGGUAAACAUAACAGAAUUAUUUGCAACACUACAGGCACCAUAACCACUGCCGUGCUGUAGUGGUUAUGGUGCCAGGAGUACCUUGGCGCCCACCCUCAUUGCAAGGAAUCACACCUCUUUAAAAUGGUCUGACUUCUUAAUUGGGGAUUGUAAGACCACCCUUCCCGCCUCCGCUACAGGAAAGCCUGAAGCUCCUGCUUAGGUUCUUCCUUUGCAUCACCUGCAGUGCAAGGAUAGCUCAUUGGCAGAGAGAAUCCGCUGAUCUCUCUCUGCCAUUGCACUAAGCCAUGAACAGCUGGGCCAACUCCUGGCACCAAUAACCAUUACAACGCAUUUCUUUAAUUUGCAGUUUUAUUCAGUAUUCCUCUGGUGUUUUCAAGAUUAUUGCUCUAACAUACAAUAGCGCUUUCCUUCACAAACAGUGAAUUUUGGUGACUUUAAGAUAAAUCGCAUACAUUUAGUCUAAAAUCGCCAUAGUCUGAUUGUAGCUCAGUCCUGUCCCAGUGGCUGGACACUCUGCAUGGAGGAAAGAGAAGUGAAAGGGUCUGGCUGCAGACUGUGUCUGGAAUUAUGGAACCUGCUGGUAAUGUGAAAGUUGCAAUGGUUCUGUACAGUACAGUGUUCAGAUGUAGUUUGUGUGUAAAUGAGUCAGAGUGUGUGUUUGUGGGUAUGUCUGUCAGUAUGUUUAUCAGAAUGACUGUGUGUGGGUCAGUAAUUGUGUGUUCUAUGUGUGUCAAAAAAGAUCUUUGGAUAAUUUUUGAUGAAAAAAAAAAUCAUACUUUAAUUUUUUUAUAGUAUUAUACAAAUACACAUAUAUCAAUAUUUACGUAUAAUACACUCAAAUUGCGGGAUAUAAAAACCUGAAUCUCAUUACUUUAAGAAUAAAGCCAACACACACACCACACAUACAUAUUACAUACAGUCAGCAGCACACACCACACAUACAUAUUACAUAUUGUCAGCACACACCACACAUACAUAUUACAUACAGUCAGCACAUAUCACACACACAAACGCAUCACACACAUUACAUGCAGCCAGCAAACACAACACACGCCAUGACAAAGGGGAGACAUCACAGAUUUUUGCACAAUAAAUCCAUAUGGAAAACCUGAAGCUAAAAUACCUAUGUUAACAAAGUUAGCGAAUGUUUCCAGAUCAGUUAUUAUUGCUUCAAUUUUUCUAUUUAGAUUUAAUUUGUUAAAAAUGCACACUUUAGCAAAUAGCCCUGGGCAUGGGCCCUGAUCUUUGUGACUGACAUUUUGUGUCCGGGCAAGUAGAUUAGGCUAGCACUUUAGUCCUUUAGACAAGCUAAAGUUUGCUUUUCAGUUUUCGAUUCCUAUAGGGUUAUUCACUAAAUUUCAAACUGGAGGAACGGCAAAUUUUAAAUACAAAUAGCCUAAUUGAAAAAUGUUUACUUUAGGAUUAAAUGUACAAGUCUCAGAUACAUCCCCAGUUUAUUGAAUAACCCUGACUAUUUUCAGUGUUGUGCUGGAAAAACAUUUUUUUUUCCCAAGUUUACUAAAUCACCACAUGACCUCACCAAGCAAUAAAUUCCACAAUAUUUUUGGGAAUAAGCAUUUCCACUGCUGAGGUGCAGUUUCCAUUCCUGACAUUUAAAUAAUUUGUUGAAUGUCUCUAGUAGUAUAUUUCCUGGUGAAAAACUAUUGUUUUUCUUUACUUGAGUUAUUUUUUUUUUUUUAUUCUACAGGGAAAGGCAAAAUUAUUUUUAAAAGCUUUUUUUUGGAGUAUGCAGGGUUAUUCUCGAAAGUGAGAAUUUUAAGGAUCACUAUACAGGGAGUGCAGAAUUAUUAGGCAAGUUGUAUUUUUGAGGAUUAAUUUUAUUAUUGAACAACAACCAUGUUCUCAAUGAACCCAAAAAACUCAUUAAUAUCAAAGCUGAAUAUUUUUGGAAGUAGUUUUUAGUUUGUUUUUAGUUAUAGCUAUGUUAGGGGGAUAUCUGUGUGUGCAGGUGACUAUUACUGUGCAUAAUUAUUAGGCAACUUAACAAAAAACAAAUAUAUACCCAUUUCAAUUAUUUAUUAUUACCAGUGAAACCAAUAUAACAUCUCAACAUUCACAAAUAUACAUUUCUGACAUUCAAAAACAAAACAAAAACAAAUCAGUGACCAAUAUAGCCACCUUUCUUUGCAAGGACACUCAAAAGCCUGCCAUCCAUGGAUUCUGUCAGUGUUUUGAUCUGUUCACCAUCAACAUUGCGUGCAGCAGCAACCACAGCCUCCCAGACACUGUUCAGAGAGGUGUACUGUUUUCCCUCCUUGUAAAUCUCACAUUUGAUGAUGGACCACAGGUUCUCAAUGGGGUUCAGAUCAGGUGAACAAGGAGGCCAUGUCAUUAGAUUUUCUUCUUUUAUACCCUUUCUUGCCAGCCACGCUGUGGAGUACUUGGACGCGUGUGAUGGAGCAUUGUCCUGCAUGAAAAUCAUGUUUUUCUUGAAGGAUGCAGACUUCUUCCUGUACCACUGCUUGAAGAAGGUGUCUUCCAGGAACUGGCAGUAGGACUGGGAGUUGAGCUUGACUCCAUCCUCAACCCGAAAAGGCCCCACAAGCUCAUCUUUGAUGAUACCAGCCCAAACCAGUACUCCACCUCCACCUUGCUGGCGUCUGAGUCGGACUGGAGCUCUCUGCCCUUUACCAAUCCAGCCACGGGCCCAUCCAUCUGGCCCAUCAAGACUCACUCUCAUUUCAUCAGUCCAUAAAACCUUAGAAAAAUCAGUCUUGAGAUAUUUCUUGGCCCAGUCUUGACGUUUCAGCUUGUGUGUCUUGUUCAGUGGUGGUCGUCUUUCAGCCUUUCUUACCUUGGCCAUGUCUCUGAGUAUUGCACACCUUGUGCUUUUGGGCACUCCAGUGAUGUUGCAGCUCUGCAAUAUGGCCAAACUGGUGGCAAGUGGCAUCGUGGCAGCUGCACGCUUGACUUUUCUCAGUUCAUGGGCAGUUAUUUUGCGCCUUGGUUUUUCCACACGCUUCUUGCGACCCUGUUGACUAUUUUGAAUGAAACGCUUGAUUGUUCGAUGAUCACGCUUCAGAAGCUUUGCAAUUUUAAGAGUGCUGCAUCCCUCUGCAAGAUAUCUCACUAUUUUUGACUUUUCUGAGCCUGUCAAGUCCUUCUUUUGACCCAUUUUGCCAAAGGAAAGGAAGUUGCCUAAUAAUUAUGCACACCUGAUAUAGGGUGUUGAUGUCAUUAGACCACACCCCUUCUCAUUACAGAGAUGCACAUCACCUAAUAUGCUUAAUUGGUAGUAGGCUUUCGAGCCUAUACAGCUUGGAGUAAGACAACAUGCAUAAAGAGGAUGAUGUGGUCAAAAUACUCAUUUGCCUAAUAAUUCUGCACUCCCUGUAGUGUUAAGGAAACAAACCCGUUUUCCUGACACUAUAUAAUCCUUGGGGGACCCUCACCCUCAGGGGACCCCUCCCGGUCGUGCAGAAGGGUUACUUACUUUAAUCCAGCGUAGUGCUCCCUCGGCGCUGGUGACCUCUCCUCCCACUCCGAUGUCAGCUCCUAAGUGGAGCGGAAUACGCAUGCGCGUCAAGUGCCGCGCUCCCAUUUAAACUGUCUAUAGGAAAGCAUUUCUCAAUGCUUUCCUAUGGAUGCUCUGCACGCUGGAUGCCAAUUUCGCAUUGAGCGUCGCAGAAGCGCCUCUAGCGGCUGUCAGGAAGACAGCCACUAAAGGUUGGAUUAACCCUGCUAUGUAAACAUAUAUGUAAACAAACAAACCCUUAUAUGUACUGCAAAAGUGCCAAUUUCAAGAGCAAUUUGUAGUCUCUCUCCCAGCUGUCAGUCAGACAGACAGGAGAGUGCUUUUAUUAGCUUGCUUUUAACGCUCACUUAAAGUGCACGUGAGACUCAUCAAAGAAAAACAUUGGAUUCAAUGCUUCUCUGUGAGAAGCAUCGCCGGUGUAGAGCCCUUUAUGAGAAGCAAUGGAAUGACUGGGAUAUUAUCACUAGUAAUGAUCUACUGGUACCAGAGUGUAGCUGUAGCAAGGAAUUGCAUUUAGGUAACCUCUUUAUUUUUGGGCAGCAAUAAUCAACUUCUGGCACUCCAGAUGUUGUAGACUACAUCUUCUAUAAUGCUGGUAAAGCAUCAGAGGAGAUGUAGUUCACAACAUCUGGAGUGCUGAAUGUUGCCUACCUCUGUUCUAAGGGGAACAGGGGAUUAAUAGAUCAAAUAACGUAGGCAACACUCAUCUAUUGAAAACAUUUAUUUGUAGUGCUGGAGUAUUCCUUUAAUUCCAAUUAAAAUAACUUGAGACAUUGAAGUAAGGACAGAGUUGGUUCAACGUGAUAUUGCCAUUGUAGGUACAAAUGUUAAGCUGGAAUUCCCUGUUUAGACGUACUAGGCUUUUGUCUAGAGGUGUGCUGUGGCUAAUCUUUUCACCCCUAUUGUUACCAAACAACAUGUCCCUUGUUGCUCACUCAGCGUCAAGACAGCAUUGCUUUAUACUGGGGGCUGCUAGGGGAUCAGAAACCAAAAAGGAAUGCAGGAAACCUAGUGGGUACAUAAGGAUAACUUGAAGAGGCACUCAAGGAAUACACAUGUGUUAGGUGGAAUGUGUAGGCUGGGUUACAGCUAGUAAUGCUGGAAAUGGUAUUUUUAUUCAAUAUAUUGUUUUGUUUUUAAAUAUAAGAAUAAACUCUGAUAUUUGGGUUUUAAUGUUUGGAGUGUUCAUUUAACUGUGUAGGUGCAGACCCCCCUCAUAUCCUCACCCAAUAGAAUAAUACAGAUAAGUUACCUUUUUAUAGAUAGAUAAAAGGCAGUGUUUAGAGCGAAAGGCAUGCAGGGGCAUGGUAUUCUCACCAGAACAACUACAUUAAAGGGACACUAUACUCACCAAAACAACUUUCGCUUAAUUAAGUAGUUUUGGUUUAUGGCCACCGCACUUUCACUGCUCAAUUCUCUUCCACGUAGGGGUUAAAUCCCAUUGUUUAUGCAGCCAUAGUCACACCUCUAUGCAUGUGACUUACACAGACUUCCUAAACACUUCCUGCAAAGAGUCAUCUAAUGUUUAUACUUCCUUUAUUGCAAAUGCUGUUCAAUGUAGAAUUUCUAAUCUCCUGCUCUCUUAGCUUGCUAGACCCUGCAGGAGCCUCCUGUAUGUAAUUAAAGUUUAAUUUACAGAGCAGGAGAUAAAAACCUUUUAAAGUAAGUUACAUCUGAUUGAAAAUGAAACCAUUUUCCUUUCAUGCAGGCUGUGUCAGUCACAGCCAGGGGAGGGGUGGCUAGGGUUGCAUAAACAGAAACAAAAGUGAUUUAACUCCUAAAUGGCAGUGAAUUGAACAAUGAAACUUCAGAAGCAUGAUCUAUAUACAAAAAGUGCUUUAUUAAAGGGACACUAUAGUCACCCAGGUAAGUAAGAGCUUGCUGCGGGCCCUCCAGGACCGCCAGGCUUGUCAUGGGCCCGGUGGUCCUGGUCUGCAUUAUCGGCAAUAUCUGUAUCUCUAUAGACAGAUACCCAUAAUGCUGAAAAUACCAAAUAUCGGCCAGACCAAUAAUCGGUCGAUCCCUAACUUCAAUAUUUUUCCAAGGAGCCAAAAUAGUUUCCUAGGUUGUAUAUAUGUACAGCGCAGUGGCAUAUGCUGGGCCCCUGUUUGGCAGAAAUGCUUGCCGUUCAAGCGCAGAUCCAGAACCUAAUCUCUGGAGGGGCACUGGUAGAUUAUUUAAAGAAACAAUCCAGGCACAAUACCCACUACAGCACUUUGUAGUGGUUCUGGUGCCAGUAGUGCCCUCCCAGAGUAAGUAGUCAAACUGUUUAAGAACAGUUUAACAACUUACCUGGGAUCUGGUGUGUGUCUGAGGGGUGCAAUGUGUGUGUGUGUCUGUGUGUGUGCGCGCGCGGUGUGCAGUGAGUAUGUGUGUGUAUGUGAGGCAGUUUGUGUACGAGGGUGCAUUGUGUUUGUGAAGGAUGCAGUUUGUGUGUUAGUGUGUGUGUGGGGGCAUGUUGUAUGACGGGUACAGUGUGUGUUGUGUGUGUGUGAUGGGUACUGUUUGUGUGUAUGGGGGGGUAAUUGUGGGUCUGUGGGGGUAGGAGGGCACAUAAAUAUAUACUUUUAUUUUUAAUAUAAAAAAAAUAUUAUUUUAAUAUUGCCCCUCCCUACUUACCUUUGCCUGGGAGUGGGGACAGUACUAAUCCCUGGUGGUCCGGUGGAGAAGCCCUGGUGAUCCAAAUGGUGAGAGUGAACUUAGCAGCCUCAGGAGCUGUUAGAGUUCACUCUUGCGAGAUUCGGAGCGUUGCCGUGGUAACUACGGCAACACUCCAAGCUUGCGAGAGGAGAAGCUGGCGGAGCUGCAAGUUAGAGCUCCCCUGGGUCCUUUCUCCCAUGCAGGCUGCCAGCAUUACAGUCCUGCAGAGCUGGCAGGGGGCGAGGGAGGCACGGUUCCCGGUGCUAUGAUUAUAAUACAAGGAAAAUAUCUUGCGACGCCCCUAUUGUCUUAUGGGUAGUUUGUGUACAGGAGGUCUCCUAGAAGUUUUACCUAUACUACGAGCAUAUAUGACUUGUCUCACCAUCAGGACAUUCCAGAGGCAAAAUCCCAGGUACUUUACACUCUGUCCGAAGGAUAAAGCAGUGGCAAAUUGGCAUUUCUGCCUCUCGUUGGUCUGCAUAUUGAGGAAAAGGUGAUGCCUGUUUAGGUACCAAUAAAAGCUUGUCCAUAGGGUCAGGUGAGGUCUCUCACCACCCCACCCAAAAAAAUAGAUAUAUACCAUUAUGAUUAUAUCUACAGUUUCCAUUCUCUCCUUUAUUGAUGACUGUAGAUGCUGAUUUUGGACAGGGCAUGGCAUCGUAUGGAAGGGGCAGCUCCCCACCAUCUUUAAACUUCACCAGCUGUUACUACUUGGUACAUGAUGCCAACAGUCCUUUUCUGGACCACCCUCUGGACCUCUGGUUUCCAAACCAGUCUUCAUGACCCAGCAUCUGGAUUGAAAUAGAAAUGGGAAGUACAUCAAUCCUGCAUUGUUAAUAGGCCAUGAAAACUGGUUUGAAAAAUAUACUCUUUAUUUAGAUGUUUUGUGAACAUGGAAUGUAAUCUGCCCUGACUAGAAUUUUAAAUUCCUUUCUUAUUUCACUGCUCAAGGAGAGAUGGGUAAAAUGCACUUUAACUGCAGAACAUUCCUUCAUUAUAUUCUUAUAUUAUAACAAUUAGCUUUUUUUUUUUUUUUUUUUUUUUAAGGGAUGCUAUAGUGUCAGGAAUACAAAGAUGUAUUCCUGGCACUAUGGCAUAUACUACGCAGUGAAGAAUUGCAGACUCCCCUCAUUGGCUUAGUCAUUGUAAAAUAUCAACCUGUGCUAAUGACUCAUCUACACAGAGCAGUUUCUUUUGAAAACACAUAGAUAGGGAGGGGAUUACAGAGAAUUUUGUAUUCUCAAAAUGGUUCAUGUAAUCACUGUCUUAAACAAGGAGUUUCACAGUAUCUCCGCUCUAGCGCCUCAUCUGUGCUGGAUCAUCUCAGCAAAGGCAUAUUUUAUUUAUUCGUUAGCUAUUAGUUAGUUAUUCAGCUCAUUUUCAAAGUACUUGAUGAUGAGAAAUUCAAACUGUAAAGAGUUUGUUUUAGGAAUGUAGGAAUGUUUCUUGGAAUGGGCAGAACACUCCAAGCACCAUCACCACUACAAAGCGAUGUAGUAGUUAUGGUGCCAGGAGUUCCCUCUGGUCCCUCCAUUGCAAGUAGUGAAACUAUUUUAGACUGCUUAUACUAUUAAAUCUAUCUGAGCUACUUUUGAUUGCAACAAAGUUAAUGGAACACUAGUGUCAGGAAUACAAACUUAAACUCAUUAAAAGGGGAUUUUACUUACCUUUUCUCUCAUGCCACGCUGUAUUCGCUGCAACUGGCCCCACCUGACUCUGCCUGUCUAGCUGAGAUCAUCUAUCUUCAUGAUCUCAGCCAAUCCAAUGAUUUCCCAUAGGGAGGCGAUAGCGCAUGCAUGGCAAAAUGCAGCGUUGCGCCAAUCAGCAUCUCAUUAUAGAGAUGCAUCGAAUUAAUGCAUGGAGACGCUGAACGUGGAUGGUUCACACUGUACACAGAAAUAGGAAGCACCUCUAGUGGCCAUCUGAGUAACUGCCACUAGAGAUUUUACUAGGCAGCAAUGUCAUUUCUCAGCAAUGUCUUUUCUCUGGAAAUAUCUGCAGAGUCCCUUUAAACUUGGUUAAUCACAUAACCCUGUGCCAACAUGUGUGCCUAUAAUAAACUCUUCAUUGUUGUACCCUGCAAAAUUUGAAGAUAUAACGCAGACUGAGCUCAGAUUAUUAAAAUUUAAAGUGACACUAUAGUCCCUAAACAACUUUAGCUUAAUGAAACAGUUUUGGUGUAUAUAUCAUGCCCCUGCAGUCUCACUGCUCAAUUCUCUGUCAUUUAGGAGUUAAAGGAUCACUAUAGUGUAAGGAAAACAAACUCGUUUUCCUGAUAUUAUAUCAUCCUUAGGACCCCCUUCCCGUGGGGCUGGAGGGGUUAAAAUCCAGCACCGGGCUCCCCCGGCGCUGGUGACCUCUCCUCCCCACCGACAUCAGCUCCCGAGUGGAGCGGAAUGCGCAUGCGCAGCAAGAGCCGCGCGCGCGCAUUCAAACAGUCCAUAGAAAAACAUUUCUCAAUGCUUUCCUAUGGACGUUCUGCAAACUGGAUGCGAAUUUUGCAUCCAGCAUCGCAGAAGCGCCUCUAGCGGCUGUCAGUCAGUUUGUCUAAAACGGCUAUGUUUACAUCUGAUGGGUUAAAACCUGGGGGACCUGGCACCCAGACCACUUCAUUGAGCUGAAGUGGUCUGGGUGACUAUAGUGUCCCUUUAAAUCACUUGGUUUAUGAACCCUAGUCACACCUCCCUGCCUGUGACUUGCACAGCCUUCAUAAACACUUCCUGUAAAGAGUCAUCUAAAGUUUAUCCUUUCUUUUUUGCAAGUUCUGUUUAAUUUAGAUUUUCUUAUCCCCUGCUAUGUUAAAAGCUUGCUAGACCCUGCUAGAGUUAAAGUUCAAUUUACAGAGAAAGAGAUACAAUUGUUUAAAGGACCACUCUAGGCACCCAGACCACUUCAGCUUAAUGAAGUGGUCUGGGUGCCAGGUCCUUCUAGGGUUAACCCAUUUUUUUUAUAAACAUAGCAGUUUCAGAGAAACUGCUAUGUUUAUAAAUGGGUUAAGCCUUCCCCUAAUCCUCUAGUGGCUGUCUCAUUGACAGCCACUAGAGGCGCUUGCGUGCUUCUCACUGUGAUUUUCACAGUGAGAGCACGCAAGCGUCCAUAGGAAAGCAUUAUAAAUGCUUUCCUAUGCGACGGGCUGAAUGCAUGCGCAUUCAGCCGGUGGGGCGGAGAGGAGGAGGAGAGCUCUCCGCCCAGCGCUGGAAAAAGGUAAGUUAUUACCCCUUUCCCCUUUCCAGAGCCCGGCGGGAGUGGGACCCUGAGGGUGGGGGCACCCUCAGGGGACUAUAGUGCCAGGAAAACGAGUAUGUUUUCCUGGCACUAUAGUGGUCCUUUAAGGUAAAUUAAAUCUGAUUGAAAGUAAAACCAUUUUUUUUUUUCAUGCAGGCUGUGUCAAUCAGAGCCAGGGGAGUGAUCUAUACUUUAAAACUGCUUCAUUAGGCUAAAGUUGUUUAGGUGACUAUAGUGUCCCUUUAAUGUCAUAAACAAAAUAUCUUUUAAGAAAGACGCCUUAAUAAUUUUGCACUUUUACAAUUCCCCUGCAUCAUACUGUUUAAAGGUAAAGUAGGUUAGAGCCUUAGUGCAUGAAUAGAAGUGGAAGGUAUAGUACGGUUGGUUGUUGUAUAUGAAGAGUUUUCCUUGAGCAAAAAAAAAAAAAGUGCACUUAAACAAUGUAUUCUUGUUUUUUUAUUUAUUUAUUUUAAUAAGAGCAGUCUGUAGAUUUACAAAGCCAGCUGCUAUACUGUUAAAGGACCAUUCUAGGCACCCAGACCACUUCAGCUUAAUGAAGUGGUCUGGGUGCCAGGUCCUUCUAGGGUUAACCCAUUUUUUUAUAAACAUAGCAGUUUCAGAGAAACUGCUAUGUUUAUCAAUGGGUUAAGCCUUCCUCCAAAUCCUCUAGUGGCUGUCUCAUUGACAACCGCUAGAUGGGCUUGCGUGCUUCUCACUGUGAAAAUCACAGUGAGAGCACGCAAGCGUCCAUAGGAAAGCAUUAUGCAUGCUUUCCUAUGCGACCGGCUGAAUGCGCGCGCAGCUCUUGCUGCGCGUGCGCAUUCAGCUGACGGGGCGGAUCAGAGGAGGAGAAGAGGCAGAGAGCUCCCCGCCCAGCGCUGGAAAAAGGUACGUUUUUACCCCUUUCCCCCUUCCAGAGCCGGGCGCGGAGGGGGACCCUGAGGGUGGGGGCACCCUCAGGGCACUAUAGUGCCAGGAAAACAAGUAUGUUUUCCUGGCACUAUAGUGGUCCUUUAAUAUGCAUUGCAAUGGAAUUGAUGACUAGCUAUUUCACGCUCUCAGUCUUCGCCCUUGAACAGUCUUUCAAGUGUGAAAUUACCAAUUUUAUUAUUAUUCUUUUUUAAAUCACACUUUGGAUACAUUGAGAAUAAAUCUAUUUUCCUACUUCGACAGACAUUUAGUGCAUAUAUUAAUAUGCCUUUACAGAAUGCUGCCAGUGUUCUUUCUUUUGAUCUUUUCUAGUGUAUUCAUCCCAUUAAGCACUAUUGACAUGUUUUGUUUUCCCCAAGAAAUGUUAAUAAAGUGACUUACUAAUGCUAUGUGAAGUAUGUAAUGGGUCUCACUAUUUUUAAUACAAUUUGUUGUCUGUUCUUUAACCCCUUAAGGACCAACCUUCUGGAAUAAAAGGGAAUCAUGACAUGUCACACAUGUCAUGUGUCCUUAAGGGGUUAAGGAAGUAAUACUCUUAAUGGCAUUAACCCCUUAAGGACAGAGUCAAUUGUCUUAGUUCUAAACCAAACCAAAACAAAACCUAGAAUUUGAGCUGUAUCUCUAUUGAACCAUAAUCUACACUUAUUAUAUAUCAAUUUGUUCAGGAGAAACAGGACUUUCAUUUCAACAAAACAGAGAAUAUAAGAACUCUGAGCACAGACAAAAGCUUAGAGAAAUUUAAAAGCUUGCCAUUUAUAAAUAUACCACUGCAGUCACAAACUAUAACACUGCAUACAUAAAAUUUCCGCUCAUGUCACUUGUGCCAUUACAGAGAAAAUAUAUUCUGUAGCCACCCGUAUGGGAAUUCCAGAACCAAAAUGCUAGCAAGCUCUCUCUGCACAGGCGAUACACUAACCCCAGACUAUCGUUUCAGCCUUGUUUGGGCCCUGUCAGUGAGGUGUAGCUGAUAUCCCUCUAGCACGGGGUCACCGUUUUAAAGGACCACUAUAGUGCCCCCACCCUCAGGGACCCCCUCCCGCCCGGCUCUGGAGAGGGGAGAGGGGUUAAAACUUACCUUUUUCCAGCGCUGGGCGGGGAGCUCUCCUCCUCCGAUCCUCCUCUUCUCCUCCCCGUCGGCUGAAUGCGCACGCGCGGGAAGAGCUGCGCGCGCAUUCAGCCGGUCACAUAGGAAAGCAUUCAGCCGGUCACAUGAAAAUCACAGUGAGAAGCACGCAAGCGCCUCUAGUGGCUGUCAAUGAGACAGCCACUAGAGGAAAUAGGGGAAGGCUUAACCCAUUCAUAAACAUAGCAGUUUCUCUGAAACUAUGUUUAUGAAAAAAUGGGUUAAACCUAGCUGGACCUGGCACCCAGACCACUUCAUUAAGCUGAAGUGGUCUGGGUGCCUAGAGUGGUCCUUUAACUUGGGGAGAGCCAAGUUAAUGCAUUGCAACAAGUACAAAGAAUAAAAGAACUCUGAGAAUGGACAAAAGCUUAGAGAAACUCAGUAGCUUGCCCUUCAAUAAAUUCCAGAUCAGGUAUCAAAAUAGAGAAUAUUUUCUCACUGUAAUGGCACAAGUGAGCAAAAACCAUUUUGAGACUUAAGCGGAGAUUUACCUCCAAUGGUUGUUAGGCAUCCCCCACCCCCCGAUUUGAGAUUGCCAGCGUAAGUAUCCUGGCUGCCGGGAGGGCCUGAUCGUUACUUAUGGUGCCAUUGCAUGCCCUAACCUCAGGAAGUUACAUUGUCCACAUUUCAGAUGUUUCAAACAAAUGGUGGAUAUUAGAAACCUGUAUGGCUAUUCACAAAUGGAAUCAUUGAUUAUUUCAGCUGUCUUUGCAUUUUCAUUAGUUUGCGGUUUGAUUAUCUGGUCGAAUCAGCCACAUCUCUGUAUAAGUUUUCUUAUUAGUCUAUUCACAAACAGCAUAAUUGCAAAUUAAUCCUUUUUGUUUGACCCAAUUUCCAUUAAACAGUACAGGAGAAUUUUAUAAAUAGCACUGCGUCACUCUAAAAUUGCCCAUAUCUGGGAGAAGGCCACCUUCGGCACUCCACGUGUUGGACUACAGUUGUAACGCUGGCAAAGCAUCAGGGGAGAUGUAGUCCACAACAUCUAGGGUGCCAAAAAUUGCCUACUCCUUCCCUAACCCAAAAAUCCCUGCUUAAACCACACUUUACCUUAGCAGUCAUCCAGCUAGCAUUCAGUUACAGUUUGUCUGGAGCUACUGUCAAAAACACAUUUACAGCUGGAAUGAGCUGGUACUUGUUUAUCUCAGUCUUGUCUCCAUUCUCUUGAAGGCUAAUAAAAUGAAACUCAGAGGAAUUUAUUAGCCAAACUGAAGAUAAUUGAGUUAAGUUUGAGUGACCAAAUUUGGUAUAAUGUUUAAUGAACGUACUCCUAUACAUCUGUCCCAUUGCUGUCUGUUGAUGGAAUAGAGAAAGUCCACAUUGUGUUCUUAAUGACUCAUCUCAGGAAUUGGUUCAGGGACUUUUAAUGUAUUUGCAUUGAUUCCUUCAUACCCCCCUCCACACACAACUGACAGGUUCCAGUAUCUGGCAUUUGGAUAGCAGAAUAUGCCUGUCCUGGAAUAUGGAUGGGCAUAAUGCGAUCUCUGUUACAAUCUUUUCAGUGCCCAUUUGCUUUUCCUGGAAACUGGAACAUGAAACGACCAAAGGAAAAUAUGUUCUGAGAUUCCUUUGCAGUGAAUGAGUCAGAGGAGUAUUUUACAGCCAGGAGCGUUGUAAUGCCUCCCAGCCUCCUCUUAAUCUGCUCUGACAGAUCCGUGUAAUUACCACGAACAUUUUAAACCAGGGAAGCCGUUGUCCAAAUCAGAUUUAUUUUAAUUUUCAACAAGGAUCUGGAUUUUGCAAACAAUGAGCUAUAAAUAAAUAUCCAUACUCAAAGUCUCAAUCCCAGAGCUACUUGCCAGGCCUGAAAGUUACUCACUAGCAUAAAUGCACCAAUUGCAGUUUUGGUUUUAAUUAAGCUCAUGUUUGCAUUUAGACAUGAGGUGUGUUUGCGCAGUAUAUUUCGGUGUAAUUUACUUGUAAUGUAAGAUUUGCUGGGAGUUUAAACAGAAUCAAACAUUUAAGGCAAAAUAGCUGAACUGGAAACAGAACUGACUUGGAGAAUGUUUUAAUUUGACUAUUUUGGCCUAAAUGUUUUAAAAUUCACUUUGACUUCUUUGCAGUUCCCACAGAUUGCACAACCUAGGUCAGAUGUUCCAUAUUUAAUCAUUUCAAAGCUCAGAAUUCAAAAGCCACCAUACUGCUACAACCUUUACAAGUCCCUUCUUGUCCAUGGUCCGUUAUCACUGUAGUCUUCAUAGUAGAUUUUCUCAUCCUCAAUCACCUCAACACAUUUUUGGAUUAUUCCUUUUAUAAGAUGCCUGGUCUUCCAAACCUGUGUCCUUCAUCCUCAGAUUUGUGUGCAUCAUAUGUAUGCAGUGUUAUAGUUUGUGACUGCAGUGGUAUAUUUAUGUUGGGUCUUUGUUUACAAAUGCAAGAGGGUCAGUGUUUGUGAAUUCAAGAGUUUGUUUGUGAAUUCAGUAGUGUGCGUAGGGGCAGUGUUUGUGAAUUCAGGAGGGUGCGUAGGGGCAGUGUUUGUGAAUUCAGGAGUGUGCUUGGGGCAGUGUUUGUGAAUUCAGGAGUGUGUGUAGGGGCAGUGUUUGUGAAUUCAGGAGUGUGUGUAGGGGCAUUGUUUGUGAAUUCAGGAGGGUGCGUAGGGGCAGUGUUUGUGAAGUCAGGAGGGUGCGUAGGGGCAGUGUUUGUGAAGUCAGGAGUGUGUGUAGGGGCAGUGUUUGUGAAGUCAGGAGUGUGUGUAGGGGCAGUGUUUGUGAUAGGUGUAUUUGUAGUUAGGGACAUUGUGUGUGAAUGUUGGUGUAUUUUAUAUCUAAAAGGUGUUUAGGUGCAGAACAUUGAUCUAAUUCAGGCCUUUUUUUCAAGAUUCUGUGCAUAUUCCCAUGUACAGAUUUGCAUUCAUUGGUUGAGACCGGUCUCUUGAUGCUCUCAGCCAAUGUAUGGCUGACAAUGUAAGGAUCAGCUUUUUAGCUUUUGCAGCCCUGGGACCCUCGGCACUACAGUGGGCUGUAGUGGCUGUGAUACUUGGAGUAACCAUUUAACACCACUUGAUAGUGCAAAAACACAAUAAAAAUACAGUGAUUAUUAUGUAACAUAUUACCUGUUUUUUUUUUUUUUUAUUCAAAACAUUAAAGAUCACCUUAAAGGGGCACUCCAGAAUAACCAAAACAACUGAAUCUAAAUUAAGUUCUCAUGGUGCCAGGAGACCCCCAGACUCACUCUUACAUGAAGGGGUUAAAACACUUUCAAACUGUUAACCCCAAAGUUGCCUCCAGCGCUGAUCUCCACUCCACCCGCCGCAAAAGGGUCUAUAAUGAUCAAAUUGGUCUGAGCAUUAACAAACCAAGGCCAGUAAAUAGAAAAGAUAAAGGAGAUAAAAGAAAAUUAAAAUAACGAUGAAAGUAGCUCUUCAGGAGAAUAUCCCACUGUGUAGCAGUGCGGGAAAACAUGUGACACUCCGCAAUAGCCUGUACGUUUUUACACUUCCUGGUCCCACUAAACAUUACAACUGAACUAAAACAAGUGAGGAGGGAGAGGUGAUAACCUGGCGAUUAGCCAGAGCACAUGUGGGCAGAAUAUGCCUAUUGCUAAAAUACAUGACAAAGUAUAAAGUUACGAAAAUAAAGGCAAACACACUUCAAACCGCUUGUAUUACACAACUCUGAUUAGAGAGAAAUUGGUGCAGCAUAAGUGUCCGGUAGGGCCCCAUGUGGUAUGAAUAGUACAACCUUCACUUGGUCCCAACUGUGUGUCACUGGGUUGGUUACUUUGGGCCUAGACAGCAGUAUAGCCUUCUGGCAGGCCUAGGGUCCUCAGGAGCACAUCUGCUCCCUGCAGAUCAUAUACCGAGUGGGCAGUGUCUCCCUGCUGGACCUGUAGAGACUUUGGUGAUCGCCACCAGUAUCGGAGGCCUUUUGGCUCUGUGUAGAGCCAUGAAUGGCUGUACAGAUCUUCUCUAUAGUACUUUAUCUCCCAAUAGAAGGUUAGGGACAUGGUUUUUAAAGGAAUAUGGAUCAUUCUCAUUAAGAGCUACCUGCACUGCUAGGAAAUCGAGCCACCAUAUCCCUGGGUGCCACUGCAGUUUUGGAACCUUGAAGAUUCCACCAAAGAAUAUGUUUCUGACUUGCUUGGGCACCAGCAAGGCCUCUACCAGCCUCCGCAGUAAAUGUGGGUGCUCCACUGUGGGGAUAUCCUCAGACAUGCCCCUGAUCUUCAGGUUGUUGCAGUGCCUCAUGUCUUUCAUGAUAGCUAAGCGUUGUUCCGAAAUUGCCUGCUGUUUCUUAAGAGUGUGCACUUCUAGUUAAAGCUCUGUAAUGAACUGAGCAUGCUUUUCUAAAGAGGUCUUCACCGCUCCCAGGUGAUUCACAAGGUCUGUCAGAUCUGUACAAAGCAAAGCUACAAACGCCUGGAUAGUCUUUUGGAGGGCAUCCAGCAUGUCCUUCAGCAUCUUUGCAGAGGAGUCGCCACUCUGCGGUGUAGUUUGUGGCUGCAAAGUUGCUGGCAGUCCAGUGUUGCCUCUCUCAAGGGUCAGGUCCUCCAAGGAGUCAGAAAAGUCCUUGAGGUCGGCGGCAUUCUUGGGGCUGUGCCUGCCUGACCGGGGCUUAUCCGUUUUUUUGUUUUUCAUUUUCUGGAAUGCCAGGAAUCGUAGGUAUAAUGAGUAUAAGGACAGAGCCCAUCAAUCAAACGUUCCGACCAGUAGAGCUGCUACACUCCACCCCUUGCUUUAUUAAUAUGAUCGCUAUUAUAGUUGAGUAAUACGUGUAAAAACCCUAUCCACACUUUCCAUUUAUUUUCUGUACUGUGAAUUUAGAGCUCUGAGACUAUGCUGCACAGACAGCUGUUAAAACUGUGGAAUGGCACACCUAAGGGGAUGUCAUAUGAUCAGGUAUACAUGUGAGCAUGUUAGAACUAAAUCAGUCUCAGCCUAGUUUCGGUGUUAUAAUAAAAGCAAAAUCUGUAUUAUGUAGUUUGUGUUAUGUCACAGUGCCACAAUGGAGAAAAGCAGUGACUGGAGCCCCUAUUUUUGAAAAUAUUUAAAUGGAAAUGAUAGUCAGUCUACACAAUCACCCAUUUAAAGAGCACAUAUAAUAGGGGCUGCGAUAACUCGUCUCAAAUUCAUAUUACAUCUUUAGAUCAAUGGAAGCCUUCAAAAGAAUACAUAAGAUUUACACUUUAUGGUGAGUGUGAACAUGUGUAAUGGUAAUAAACAACUUAAAAAGCCUGUAUUUUGCAGACUGACUGAUUCACAUUUUGUUUUAAUUAUUAUUCAUGCAUCUUUAUAGUAGUUAUAAUAUUUGUCCUUUUAUAUGAUUAGAACAUCUAGCUUCAUCUGUACUCCUUAUUUCUUGCCAGUAAAAGAGUUGUGACACCAUUAAAGUUGUACAUACUCCACUCUGUAUUACUUUUGGAACAUUUGUUCCACAUUUGUAUAUUCACUAUUGGCCUUCCAGGAUAGGUGUUAAGGAGGAAUAUAUUUGAAGAAUUCUAGAAGAUUGGGUUGGCACACUGCUACACUGAUUUAUCUGCCAUCGAUAUAUCUUCUGAGUAUUAUGUUACUACGUAAAGUGUGUUAAAAUAUGGGUAACAAUAGCACGGUUUCUGGGUACUAAUGAUGGAUUUGCUUGUAGUUAUUUUCUAAUAGGGAUGAACUCUUCAGUUUCCCAGUUUUCUUAACCCAUGGUAUGGGUAUCCGUUGACUGUCCUUCAGGAAUUUCCAGUGGUUAUCCGAUACAAUUUAUUGUAAAGAAGAACUGUUACCUAAUUGUUUGUAUCAUUUGUUUUAUAUUCGUUAGCUGUUGAAGGAUCUUACAGACUAGAGGUUUAAUUAGGGGGGAAAAAAAAUACCUUGGCUGUAAAAUAGUUUAUCUGAAUGCUAGGAAAUUGUAUAUCAGAAUAAUUUUCCCAUGGCUUCCUGUAUUCUCACAAUGCAUUGUGGGAUAUUUUACCUUUUCCAGAGCUGACAUUUUAAGUUCACACAAAUGUUUUUUUUUAAAUAAGAAAAAAAACACACAUAGCUAGUAGCUACGUUCAUGGUAGCUAUUAGAAUGUCAUAGUACCUUCAAAUCAACCGUUUCCAUUUGUUUUCAGUUCAGCUAGAUUUGUAUCAAAUUUUAAAUUUUCGUCAGUUGAAAGUUUUACUUUGAAAUUGUAAAGCAUAUUUGGAAAAAGCUAGUAAUGUACCCCUAUAAUAUAUGUUGGUUUGAAAGGUUUUCAUUUAAAUGUAUUACUGCUGUGUAUCUGUUCGGAGGCCAACUGUGUUUCACUGCUGUUCUUUGUACAUGGUGCAAUGAGUGUACAGAUUCAGAUUCAACUUUGUCAGACACACCAAAAAUAUGGAGCUCAAUGAAAAGAGGGACAGACUGAUUUGGGCCGAAAAUAGGAAAUGUCCAUCCUAACUCGGUAUGGAAAUAUGCCCAGGUUAUCUGUAAUUGGAUUACAUGGUAACAUGCCACCAUACAAACUAGAUAUAAAGACUGAAUGAAAACAGUGUGGUUGUUGAUUGGUCAGUGCUGGGAAUCAUAUGGGAAUGUGAUAGAUAAUCCAUUGUAACUGUAGUUGGCUGACUGUGCAAUGGAGCAUGAUCACACACGUCAACAUGUUUGGACCUAGCAGAGUAGCUCAUUGGCACACUUUAUGGUUGUGGUGACCUUAGUUAAAGCAACAAUUACGAUUUUAAUGCCUGUAAUAUGUGUGCUACCAGUUCUACACACUCACACACAGGAUUUGGGUUUCGUUUAAUUUUUCAACUCCACAGGUUUUUGUAAAAAAUCAAUAUAUGUUUUUGUAGAAUAUAAGCAUAUAACAUGGGUCCAAAAAUUUCUCCCCAUACAGUAUUUUUUUUUUUUUUUUGUAACCAUAUAUGUUAGAAACUACCUCCUAAUGUUAUGGACAAUAUAGUCACCAGAACAACUACAACUUAAUAUAUUUGUUCUGGUGAGUAUAUUCAGCCCAUGCACACUUUUUUUCUAUAAACCCUGCCUUUGCAUGUACAAGGAUAUACAAGGUAAUAUUUAUAUGUGUAACAGGUAAAAGUGUCAUUUCUCUUUUCUGUGCCAUUUAUAAUUUGCUUAAGCAAAAUAAUGCAUGAAAUGAAAUUAAAAGCUGGCCAUACCACUGAUAUAUAUCCAUACACCUCCCACACAGAGAAUGUUCCAGUGGAGCUUCAAGAGCCCUUCUAUACAGAUCAGUAUGACCAGGAACACAUGAAGCCUCCAGUGCUUAACCUACUGCUAUCUGCCGACUUGUACUGCCGGGCUGGAAGUCUUAUCUUGAAAAGUGAUACUGCCAAACCUCUUCUGGGACAUGAUGCUGUCAUUCAAGCCCUGGCUCAGCGUGGGUUGUAUGUCACGGACGGGGAGAAGUUGGUUACUGAACGGGACCUACGGAAGAAGCCCAUCCAGAUGGUAAGGCUGGUAUAUUAAGACCUUGUGUCAAAGGAAGACUCCAAGCACCAUAAUCACUGCAACUUAUUGUGUUUAUUAUGGUGCUAGGAGGCUACUCUGUUUUUGUUUGUUUUUGUCAAACACUUUUUAUGCAGUUGACCAAAAAAAUUUGAAUUCUCUAGUACCCUAAGAACACUCUAGUAUCCUCAGCUAGAGACCCACUAAUGAAAAGCUUUUUUGUUAUCUGUCCAAAUAUUUGUAUGGCAUGAGCACCAUGCAUGGUAUUAGCACUAGGGUGUUACUUGGGGGAUUAUGUGACUCUGCCAAGCUACUGUUACCUUUUUUGGCAUAGUUGCUGUUGUCCCUAUGUACAUAUGUGAAACGAUUGCACAUGACAAAAUGCUGUUCUUUUAACGUCCUAUCUAUGCAUAAAAGUAAAACAGUUUUUAAUUUUUUAAUUUAUUUUUAUUGUGUGCUCCCCUAUCCGUCUUUGAUGUUAUAACUAUUCUUAUGGCUGUUUAAUAUUAAAGAAUUCAACCAGAAAGAGGAAUAGAAAAGGUUGCGUACAAUCUAAUACACGUAGGAGAAUGUAAAGGUGUGGUUCUGAGAUUGACAAGAUAAGUGGACGGUUGUGCAGAUCUCUUAAUCAAAAAAGGGUUUGGCCAGCCUUUAAGUCUUGGAGACUGAGAUGGGAGUUACUUUGUUGCUCCCAAAGUUACCUUUACCUCUGUAGCAUUGUGCAAACCAUAGCCACCUAGCUUCUUCCAUUAUUAUUAAUAUCAGCAUUUAUUUAGUGCCAACAUAUUCAGCAAUACUUUACAAUUAUAGAAUGGGAAUAUUUAACAAGUAAUUUACUUACAGAAUAUUACAGAGACAAGAGGUGAAGCUGACCCUGCUCAAGCAAGCUUACACUCUAUGAGAAAGGGGUAAAGACACAUAGGAGAAAGAACAGCAUGUAUGGGGAGGAGGGACUGAAUGAAAAGAUGCCUGUGUCAAAUACGCUGGUAAAAGUAGUGUUUUGAAGAACCAAAUAGUGCCAGAAGAGAGAGUAAGCUGGGCUAUGGAAGUGAGGGAACCGAGGAGGACAGUUGUAUCGAAAGGAGCAUCACCAAGGAAGAUGGUAGGCUUUCCUAAAGAGAUGCGUUUUCAGUGACUUCUCACACGACUGGAUGCUAGGGGAGAGUCUGAUGGCACUCGGUAGGGAUUUCCAUAGGAACGGGGCAGCCCUUGAAAAAUCCUACAUAUGAGAGCAGUGUGACAGGAGAAGGCUGCUUGCAGAUUGAAGGGAACAAGGAGGGGUGUAUUUGUUGAGUGAAGAGGAAGGGCUUUGUAGGUUAUUGUGCGAUCCUGAAGGGUACAUAAAGCCAAUGUAAUGGAAUGAAGAGUGCAUAAAUAAGGGCCUUUUGUUAUAUCUCGAGUUAGAAAAGGGCGAAUUUAGGCAAUAUUUUUAAGAUGGAAGUUACAAGAUUUCUAGACAAACUGGAUGUGCGGAGAAAAGGUGAGACCUAAGUCAAAAUGAACUCCAAAACCGCAAGCUUGAGGAGUUGGUAAUAGGUGUUCCAGUAACACAUAGGAUGAUAGAUGGAGGUGGACUAUUUGAUAAAGCGGGGCGGAUUUAGUUUUGGAAAGAUUAAGGGGACACUAUAGGCACUAGAACCCCACUAUAGCUUAAUGUAGUAAUUCUGGGGUCUAGUGCCUAUAGUAAUACUGCAGUGUUAGCACUGUAAACACUGAUUUUUCAGAGAGAAAAGGCAGUGUUUACAUUGUUGCCUAGUAACACUUUGAGUGGCUUUUAAUCAGACAGCUACUAGAGGUGCUUCCUGGAGCAGUGCUGCACAGCUUCUCUUGGCUUCUCUUUUCAGAUAAAAGGCAGUGUUUACAUUUCUCCCUAGGGACACCUCCGGUGGCAGUCAAUCAGACUGCAAAUAGAGGAUCAUCCUGGCUGACGAUCUGCAUGGAGAUGCUGAACUUUCCUUAUAGAGAUGCAUUGAUUCAAGGCAUCUCUAUAAGGAGAUGCUGAUUGGCACAGCAUGGCAUUUUGCCACCAAACACAAUACCCUCCCAAUGUUUUCCUAUGGGAAAGCAUUGGAUUGGCUGAGAUCAUCAGCAGAGCUAACAGCAGCGAGAACAGUGUGGGGAAAAAAAAAAUCAUCUUUUUACUGCUAUCGGAGGGCAACAGCCACUCAUGACUCUAGUGUCAGGAAUACAUAUUUGUAUUACUGACUCUAUAAGGCUCCUUUACAUUUUAGAAAAUGGGGAAAAAAACGCUCAAGAUGGAAGAGAGGAAAUUUGUGGCACGUUCCACAAGUGCAGGUGAGAGAGGUUAGGGGUGGAGAGGUAAAUUUGAGCAUUGUCUGCAUAUAGAUGGCAUUGAAAUCCAAAAGUGUUAAUAAUGUUAUUGAGAGAUGCAGUGUAAAUUUAGAAUACAAGAGGACCAAGAGCAGAGCCUUGGGUAAAACUAAGACAGGCAGUGGUGACUGGGUGGCACAGAGAAGAAGUCACUAAAUGAGCAUUCAGAAAGAAACAAUGAAAAGUAGGAAAGUACAGUGCAAGGAGUCCAAGAUUGUAGAGUAUUUCAAGAAAAAAAAAUAGUCUACAGUUUAAAAAUAGCAGGGGGGUCGAGUAAAAUUAAGAGAGUAAUGGCUAGCAGAGAUUAAGUCAUUAGUCACUUUAGUAAGUAGAUUUUCAAUAGAAGGAUGGGAGCAAAGGCCAGAAUGUAGAGCAAGCAUGUCAAACUCAAAGGCUAGCCAGCCAAAUAAACAAAGGUUAAGAUUAUGUGGGCUGCAGAAAAAAACCCCAAACUUAAAUUUUCAUAGAAACGUAGGUUUUGAAAAGUACAGUAUAAAAACAGCAACCCACCUCUAUACUAAAUCCCAGUCCCCCCCCUAUUCUAAUUCCCAGUCCCCCCAUACUAAUUCACAGCCCCCCACCCUCUAUACUAAAUCCCAACACCCCCCUCUACUAAACUCCAGCCCUUGUUUAAAAAACAAACAAUAUUAGCCAACAAGGAGACUCCACUCACAUUGCUGUUGCCGAUAUGCGACUUCGGAGUCCAGCCUCUGGUAUACCCCCAAUGGUGCCGUCCGCACCCUGUGCCAAAGCGGAUCCUCCCGCUACUCUUUGAAACCCUGUGAAGGUGGAGCACAAUGAUGUCACGUUGGAUUGUGGCGUUGCGUGCCUGCGUGCACCUCCAGGCCCUCCACUGUCCAGCCGCGGCCAUCGCAACACUGACCAACAUACACACUCUGACAGACACACACUCACUGACAGAUGUACACACACACAUUUACACAUUCUUGCAUACACUCAUGUAAUUUUAUUUUUUAUUUUAUUAUUUUUAUUUUCCCCUACCUUUGGGAGCUGGUGUGGGGCCUCUCCCUGGAGUCCAGUGAGGUUCUUCUCUUGGGAGGUCUCCUCACUGCUCCCUCACCCGCGCAGUUUAGUGAUGCCGGAAUGACGUCAUGUUCCGUCACCCAGAAUCACUACAGAGGGCUCACGCAAGGGAGCAGUGAGGAGCAGGAAGGCUGAGCUCCCUCGCUGCCGCCAGCGACCUCUCCUCCCGGACUGGGUAAAUUUUAGCAAAGUAGGCACCUGCAAUGUGGGGAGAGCAGGUCUACUCUGCCUUGGUAAGCAUGUCAAACUUGCAGCUCACCGGGCCUCAAACAUAUUCAUUGUGAACCACGGGUUUGAAAUGCUUGAUGUAGAGGGUCAAAAAGGGAGUUGAAGUAUUGAGAAAGUGAGUUAGACUGGUAAACACAAGUCACUCAAGAAUCUUGGAAGGGAAUUGGAGGAGUAAUAUGGGACACUAGUUAGAAUGAGAAGUAGGGUGAAGAAAUAGUGUUUUGUUAUGUUGGGAUUGAUGAUUGUAAGAUUUAGAAAACAAGACUACAUCCAGUUAGAGAUAGUCACACAGUUUUAUAUCAUCAAAGCAUAGAAAAGGAAAACCAAGCCAAAUGAUAAACACAUUAUGUACUCCUUCAGAAAAAAAACUUAACACAUAUACAAGACUUAACUUUUGUUAAUAUGCUGUAUAAUUAUAAUAUAACUGUACCACAGUUUCCACACAAAGGAAACAUUCUUACAUUUGUCAAUACUGGUCAUUAAAUUGUUUCUUAAUGUUAUGAUACUCUACAGUGUUACAAUGUGUGAUUAGGUCUCUACCUCAGGGUCUUCAAACAUGUAUUGGCAUUUAUGAAACACAAUUUUAAGCAGUCCUGAGAGGGCCGAUGAGCCUCUAUAAUUGUUACAUUUGUAUGCAGUUCUCUUUCCCAGUUAUUUUUUAUUUUUUGAAUGAUCGUUGUUUGCCUGCCAUUUAUUACAGGAACACUAAAGUUAGGAGAACAAAUUUGUAUUCCUAACAUUAGAGUGUUUUCCUAACUGUUUACAUUAUUGGGCCCCUCUUAAAUCGUGAAACGGACACUAGAGUCACUAAAACAACUGAAUAAAUCAUGACUCUGAAUUCUCACUGCUCAAUUCUCUGCCAUUUAAGAGUUAAAUCACUUUUGUUUCUGCAUGUGCAGCCUUAGCCAUACCUCCCCUGGCUGUGGCUAACUCGGCCUGCAUGAAAGAGAUCAUAAAUUCUAAAUAAUUUGCAAUAAAAUGUAAACAUUAGAUGAAUCUUUACAGGAAGUGUUUAGGAAGGCUGGGUAAGUCACAUGUAGGGAGGUGUGCCUAGGGCUGCCCAAACAAAGUGAUUCCUAAAUGGAAUAGAAUCGAGCAGUGAGACUGCAACAACCUGAAAUUCUGAUAUAUUCAUUUAUUUGUUUUAUGACUGAGUAUAUAUGCUUCAAAUAAUGUCUAACUAUUCAUAACUGAGGAGUCAAGACAAAUAUGUUUCUGCUAUCCAGUUCAACUGAGGCCACGUACCAAUAUCAACAAAGUAAUAGAUGAGAAACCCAGACAGUAAAUCUAAUGCGUUGUUGCCAAGUAUACUUUCUAGUGCCUUUAUGACCGGCUGAAGUGUAUUGUGGAUCUGCUCUGCCUUUACGAGUGAAUCUUAUUUGCAAAUGGUUUGAUAUGCUUGGUGCCUUUAAUGGGCAACUAUUGCAGUGUGUGUAUUCUCAAUAGCUUAUCUCUUAUAUACGUUUUCCCUUUAUUUAUUUUUUAAUGUAAUUUUUUUGCUUCUUUCUUUAGUCUUUGUGUAGCAAUUAUUAUUUAGUAGUAUGAGUCAUUUUGAAGAUCUUUAUACGAUUACAGAUGUAUUGGCGUAUUUUUUUAUUUAAUGUUGCCUGUAAAGAAUAUGAAUAUCAACACCAUUAGAUCCUUGGUUUUGCAAAAAUGCACAGGAAAUGUUUUCACGCUGGUUUAUUGCUGACAUGAAAUAAUCUGUUCUAUCAGACUAAAAAAACUUUAAAUGUGAUUAUGAAAACAAGAGCUGAUAUUAGACUAACUUAAAGGGACACUAUAGGCACCAAAACAACUUCAGCUUCAUUAAGCAGUUUUGGUGUAUCAAUCAUGCCCUUGUCAUCUCACUGCUUAAUUCUCUGCCAUUUAGUAGUUAAAUCAUUUUAUUUACACAGCCCUAGUCACACUUCCCUGCAUGUGACUUACACAGGCUUCCUUAACACAUCCUUUAAAGUGAGAUCUAAUGUUUACACUUCCUUUAUUACAUAGCCUGUGUAAUUUUGAAUUUCUCACCUCCUUCUCUGUUAAAGGGACACUCCAGUGCCUGGAAAACAAUCAGUUUUCCUGGCACUGCAGGUCCCCUCUCCCUCCCACCACCCAUCCCAUAGCGUGAGGACGUCCAGCAACACUAUAGCACAGAAAAUCUGUGCUAUAAACCUGGAAGUGCCCUCUAGUGGCUGUCUAGUAGACAGCCACUAGAGGAGGAGUUAACCAUGCAAUGGUCUGGGUGCCUGGAGUGUCCCUUUAAGUACCUCCUGUAUGUGAUAAAAGUUUAAUUUACAAGGCAGGAGAUUAAAAAAUUCUAAAGCAAGUUAACAUUUUAAAAUAAUUUUUUUUUUUAUAUGCAGGCUGUGAGGCACAGCCAGGGGAGGUGGGGCUAAGACUGCAAAAGCGAAACUGAAGUGAUUUAACUCCUAAAUGGCAGAGAAUUGAGCAGUGGGACUGUUGGGGCAUGAUCUAUACACAAAAACUGCUUCAUUAAUCUAAAGUUGUUUUGUAGUAGUGUCCUUUUAAAAAAAUAUGCAAACUGUUGCUUCUCAGAAAAUGAUACCAUGGAAUAAAAUAUUGAAAAUCACCUACAUUAGUGUUAACCUUUUUCAUAAUAAGGCUCCAUUUUCUUUUAAAUAUGUAUUAAUGAUUUACCAGUUGAGUUCACAAUCAAGUUCAGUCCAGGCACAGCCAGGGUACAUUUGUGGAGGGCAAAUAAAUAUUGCUUGUUUCUCUGUCCUUUGCACUGCCAGGUGCAAAGGACAGAGCCUAUUACAAUGAUUGACAGGGAGCUAUGAUGGAGGCACUCAGUUCUAGCACAGAGGUAAGGUGUGGAUUUCUACUUUGUUUUUUUCUCUUUUUUUCAAAAACACAUAUUUGUUAAACAUAUAGAUGAUAAAUCAACAUCGUAUUACAAUUAUAGGAAAGGACAAUUCUACAUUUGCAACUAACAACAAUCUCCUUUUUGUAUGUCUCUCCAGUGUCUCUGCAGUGUAGAUGCCAAUCCCGUGGUGUAAUAUCUUACUCAUAUUAUCAUGAGCCUCAGACUGACUCUAGUGUGUCAACCCGGUUCUAGCCGCACAUGCUAGGCUGGAACCUGUAAUAUCAUUAAAGGGACACUGUAGGCACCCACACCACUUCAACUAAUUGAUGUGGUCUGGGUGCCAACUUCCAUCACCCUUAACCCUGCAAGUGUAAUUAUUGCAGUUUUUAUAAACUGCAUUAAUUACCGUGCAGGGUUAAGUCCUCCUCUAGUAGCUGUCUACCAGACUUUUGGUCAUCUAAAUGACGCUGGACGUACUCUCGCUAUGCACGAGGACCUCCAGCAUUGCCGGAAUCCCCAUAGGAAAGCAUUGAAUAACGCUUUCCUAUAGGGAGAUCCUAAGACAAGUGCUGCCAUUGCUGCGCAUGCACAUUAGGUCUCCCCCACCGGCGGAUGUUGCUCUUGAAAUUAUUUGUUUGGUUUUUUUUUUACACGCAUAUAUCAUGGUUUGCCACUCCAGUCUCCCCUCUCUUCAGCAAAUUAUUAUUUUCAUUCUACACCAGGAGUCUCAUCCUCACUCAGGCACUGUCUGCAAAGUGCUGUAAACUCUCAUGCACCCUCACCUUGCUAGGGGUGUGAAUCUAUCUGGAUCAAAGUUAACGUUCAUCCUAUUACCUGGCUGUAUCAAGACAUACUGAAACAUUAUGCCUGUGUCUAGGCAACUGGGAAAAAAAAGCUAUAUAAAAUUUAAAGUAGCCCAACUCAAUAGCUCCCUUUCAGCUCGUUAUAAAGUUAUGCAAAAAGCCCUAGAAAUGUCAGUUCUGCUUUUAAAUGCAUGUGUGCCUGGGGCAGUGCAAUGUAUGGAUAAAUGUGCCUGCCGUACAUGACAUUUUACACAUGUGGGUGGCAUGGUCAUUCAGUAGCUUUGUGCAUCCCUGCCAGUCAGCAGUGGCUGUCGACACAGAAUCUGUCAGCAAGGUGUCAAUUGGCUGUCUCUCGUGUCUACCACCAUAGCAUUGGGAACAUGAAACCUAGAAAAGGUCUCUUUUAUUAGUUGCUCAUCAAACAGAGUCUAUCGCUGGGGUUAGCAGAGAGUAACAGUAUGUGACUUUAGGGUCCUCUUGACUGCUUAAUGUAAAGCACAGACACUGUCUGUACAGGGGUCAAGUGUCCUGUAUCUUUAAAUCUACAUUGUGCAUGCCCUUCAUAAUAACCAUAUUGUGAUUUAACCUCUGUUUCUAAUGAAUAAGUAAAAGUUACAUUUUAUGUAAUAAACAUUAAGAGAAACUGUUAUUUUUAGCUGGUUUAGUUUUCCGCACCCAGUAAAUGCUAAUGAAGGACAUGCACGGAUCAGUUGUGAAACAGAAAUAAAUUUAAAACACAUUAAACAGUGUUUCUAUAUUCAAAAUCCCAUAGUAUCAGGCUCUCUUUAAUCCUCCGCUCUAGGCCAGUGAGACCCUUAAUCCAGGACUGAGCACAGUGUAUAGAUUACAGGUAUACAUGCUAGAAGGUGACCUUGUAGUUAACAUAUCUGAGAACUCGCAUUACAGCGGUAAAUAAAAAGGAGAGAGCCUAUAUGCUUUAAGAAUUCCCAUGCUUUGGUUUUGUUUAUCCAGAUUCCGAAGGUCGUCUGCUUGACAGCUAUUAAACCUGACCAGAAUACUUUUUGGUAUCAAUAACUUCUCUGUAUCCAUACAUUUUGCUGACUUGUGGCACUUUUUAUUGACAUUGUCGCUGUCGACCACCUGACACAACAUAGGUGUCCUGUUCUCUUCAUUAGGAAAUCCCUACACUUGCAGUGUGCAAAUAAACACAUGGUUAGGGAUGUUGGCCCUUUAUCUGUUGUUACCAUGACAACUUGCCGGGGAGUAAGCAGUAUGGACUGCUCGUGACAGCAGCCAAGCCAUCUGGACUCAUCCUGACAGUGCGAUCAAAGCAAGUCUUUGCCACCCACUGCAGCAACGUAUAAUAUAGGUUGUGCCAGCAAUAUAAUAUAAAGGGAAAGGCCAGCAAAGAGGGGGUGAAUGUACAAAUAUGAUAGGAUCGAAAGAUGCAGUAUUAUGACGAGAUGUUCAUGGCUGUUUGUUAGACCACCUGCACAAAUGUUGUGAGAAUUUUUGGAAAUUAAGCAAACUGAUUACGCUUAAAGCAGGGAGUUCACUAGUAUAAUAAUUUUCUCAACCCUCAUGUCAUUUGCAUGGAUGAUUUUAUAAUGCUGAACAAGGAUUCACAGGGCCAACAGGGGAUUUAUACCUCACAAAAGUAUGAGAUGAGUCCAGCCCUAGUGGCACUAAAAGUGCCGCAGAAAAUAAAUCCUCUGUUACCAUGCUGUGUGUAUGUGGAGAGGACAUGAUAUCCUACCUGCUGUAUUUUAUCUCAGAUUGAGCUACUUACUAUUACUAUACAAUAGGCAUUGGGGGAUAGGGCGACACAGCACCGCAAUGUGCAGCAUUUUUUCCAUUAGUGUCAUAGGGCAUAUAUGUUCAUUUUAAAACUGCUGGCACGUGAGCUGUUGAGGACAGUUUUUCCGUAAUAACUGCUUUACUCUGUAGGCCAGGUUGCAAUAAAUAGUGUGUAGGCCGUUUAAAAGCCUUUGUUAUCGUCCCCUACCUUAUAGAUGUCCAGAAUUUCUUGUUUUAUCCUAAUAAUAUGUUAAAUGUAUAAAAAAUAAAUAAAAAUAAACUAUUUUGGCGUUGGCAAGCUUCAAAUCCACCCUUAUGAGAAUAUUUGGAUUGGUGAUCCAGAAUUAGCAAACUUGGACCCAUCUGAGACUGAUAAGAGGGUUAGUUCAGCUGUAGCAAUAGAUGGGGCAGUCUGCCAAUCCACAAAAAAGUCCAACUUUUGGCAACAUGUUUGUUUUUUUUCUUUCAUCUUAUUGGGUUUCGGUGUGUUACUCUAGUCUACAGGUCUCAUAGAAAGAAAAAGAAAAAACUUGUACAGUUUAGUUGAAUAAACCGGCUUUUAUACACACUUGUAAAAUGAUGCCUUUCUUUAACUGUUGUGAAUAAAGUUUUUGUAAAAGAUAUAUUGAUGGAGUUAGAGGUUUGUUCAGUUUUAUACUCUGUUUCUUGGAAAAAUGGCAUUUAAAAAUUCUGUUAUAAAACAAAGUUUGUUAUUCAAGGGACACUACCCUUUAAAUUGGGCACAAGGGUUGAUUACUAUGAAACUGGAAAAUCUGAGCCAGCCGUUGUUACAAAGACAGCUUUGAAUGCUAGUGACUGUUCACUGGGAAACCUCGGAAUUUAGCCGCCUGCUGGCGCAGCAAAGCUAGGUUCUUUGACUGAUGACGCUUGAAAAUAAAGAGGAUCUUUUCUUCUCCCCAUCUUGCGUAGCAACGCGCACUGCAGUGUAAUUAAGGCAUGCUAGCUGCUCAUGCGUGCUCAGUCAAACAUUUCGGCCUGUUAGAAAUACAAAUUUUACAGAGUAAAAUAAAUGUUUUGUGUUUAAAUACAAAAAUAGCCCUCUAAAUCUCCUGGAACUGCAAGCCAUUAUAGAAUGUAUUAUGUAUUUAUUUUAUAAAUUUACCCUUUUUUUUUGUUUUGUUAGUGACACUCAAGCUAGAAUUCACCCAUUGUUUAGAUCUUGCAUUAGCAAUAUGCAAAACCAAAAAAUCCCAAAUAAGACAAAAAUACUCCCAAUUGAAGUUUCUGCAGUUUCAGUACAUUUAAAGGGACACUAUAGUCACCAGAACUACUACAACUUAAUGUAGUGUUUUUUCUGGUCUAUAGCAUACCCCUACUGUCUUAGCACAGAGAAAAGACAGUGUUGACAUUGCUGCAUAGUACCACCUCUAGUGGCAGUCACUAAAAUGGCUUAAGGUGCUUCUUAGUCCUUUGUUCAGUGUCUCCACGUUCUGCAUGGAGUUGCUGAAUGCUACCCUUAGAGAUUAUUUCAUUCUCAUUGAUUUUCCUAUGGGAAAGCAUUGGACUGGGUGAGAUCAUCAAGAUUGAUGAUCUCAGCCAUGGAGGUGGGGCAAGACCAGAGUGGCGGUGGAGAAAAGGUGAGAAAAGGUAAGUAAAGUUCCCCUUCAACUCCUUACUGGGUGUAUAGUGUUCCUUUAAUUCUCCUCCUUUGAGUAAGCAACACGUACAGAAGGUAUUCGGCCACAGCUGGGCAUUAUGCAAGUAGGAUAUCUGGAAACUUUAGUUGCCAAGGUUUUACUUUUGUAAGCUGAAAAGAACACUAGAGCCUUGGAAUACAUAUGUGUGAAUUACGAACACUCUAGUGCUCUGUUAAAAGUUUAGGUCCCUCCUUGAUGCUGUUGUAUGUAUCUUUUCUCUCUCUUGCAGUGUCGAUCUCUGUGUUGCUGUCCCGCCUCCUUCACUAAGAUCAUUGAGAUACAGGCUCUUAGCCAAUCUAAUGCUUUCCCAUAGGAAAGCAAUGGGAGACUAGUAUGAUCAAUCAGAUGGUUGUCCGCAUUUUAUUCCGAUAUUUUUUCCUAAGCCCCUCUAGUAGCUCUUUGAGUGACAGCCACUAGAGGCAUUCACCCACUGCAAUGUAACCAUUGAGGUCCUGCACAAUGGCAAUGUUUUACAUUGUGAUGACAAAAAAAAACACACAAAGGACAUGGCACACAGGCCACUUUGAGAUAAAAUUGUUUGGGUGCCUAUAGUAUCCCUUGAACUAAAAUUCUGUAUACCUUUGAUGUGCGUCCUGAGCAUUGUUAGAGUACAAAAGUACUUCAGCCCUUUCCAAAGCUUGGUGCACCAGAACUUUACCUGCCCUCUCCUGUGUCCAUCCCCAUAGAAACAGUCAUGAACAGAUAGAAUCAUAAAGACAAAUUCAUGGACAUACAUAGAGACACAAAUACAGAUAGAAACAUGCAUAUGCACAGAGAUUCUGUGAGAGUGGCAUGCUGCCAACACCCAUAUAUGGAGUCACACAUACAGGCAAGGUCAGCAACACAUACACAGCCAUGCAGACAGAAACACAUGCACAGAGGUAUGCAUGCAAAGUCAUUGACACAGACAGUCACGUAAUAACCGACACACAUAGACACAGACUAAUUAAUGCACAGUGGUACAUAUUCAUAGAGACACUUUCACAUUACAGACAGGCAUUUCCAGAUAGAAAUACAUGUGCACAGAGACACACAUACAUAAAGUGCACUAAUAUGGGAACAUGCUCAAAGAAUUACAAACACAAAUACACUCAUAAAUAUAUAUUGAGGACAGAAUAAAAAUCUAUCCAAGAUUCGAGUGGCAAACCAGGGAGUGAACUGGGUAUAUACUAUAGCCCAAACUCACACUUGUCUCAACUGGUUAAAUAAGCCCUCAUAUAUAGCUUGGGAUAGUAAUGUAAACUUUAAGGAUGAUUAAUCCUAAAAACACCAGAAAUGGAGUGAGAACUCUAAAAGGUAAUAAAAUAAAUGUAAAGGAAAUGUUAGAAGGUGCAUGCAGAUAAUUUAGGGAUGGACAGGAAAAGAGCUGCCCCAAACCAACAAUGAAAAAGUCCACAAUCUACCAAGUGGUGAAAAAGUAUACCCAAAGAGAAAAAAAUAAUUUAUUAAAAAAAAUAAAUUGAAAUAAAUACAAACUAUAACUCAAUAGUUCCAAUGAAAGUAUUCAAAGUCCAUAAGAUGCAGUCACUAAAAUAACUCAUACUCUGACAAGCAAAUUCCUUGAGUUUCUAUUGUUUUAGUAUUGUACAAUGUGUAUAAUAUCCUAUAUUCUAACUGUACUUCACUAUUAGAUAUUUCUGAUAUCCAGAAAGCAAUACCUUGAAAGAAAACAGAUGUUCUGUUGGUGCUCCACCCUUGUUUGUAUGUGUUUAUAGAGGUUUGUUAUGUGGUGUUGGUGAGAGGGUACAACAUGGUGUGAAGUGGCCUAUUAGAUAUAUUUCUAUUUUUUGAUCCACCUAGUUAGGAAUACUGAUUAACAAGUUAAGGUGGUUUAGAUUUAUUUUCCCAUUCCCCUCCCCUUCCACCCCCUCAAAUCUAUAACAUUUUAGCGAUUUUAUAGUGUCAUUAUUCUAUUUUUACUCUUGGUAAAGUGUUGCAGUACUGUGGUCAUGGAGAGAUUGGCAGCAUAGCAUCAAAAAAUAUCCCUGCCUCUCUAGCGUAUACAUCACCUGUGUGCCAAAACAUCAUAGAAAAGAGCUGACGAUGCAAACAGUCAGUCCUAUCUGCAUACGUGCACUCCUUCAGCUGAGCUACAGCAUUAACAUUGAAGGGGGGCUUAUUAAAACCGAUCUGGGCAUUGUAUGUAAAAUGUGUAUACACAUUAUGGGCAGCACUGCAUGCAUGUCCUCUAGAUGGAAAUAAAAGGCUAACUACAUAUUUUUGUACUUUGAAAUGCCUUUUGUAAUUUAUAAAAAAAUUGUAUAUUUAUUCUACAGAUUGGGGUCAAAAUGUCCACUGGCCAUUGAUGAGUGGAAUUUCAGCCCUGAUAAGUGUCCCUGAAAAAGCAUACAAGGCCCUAAAAUACAUUGAAAAGAUUACAGAAUGCCCAUCGUUUCAGCCUUUCACAGGAUUCCUUGAACUGCCCUGUUUCCUUGGGAACUAGACACUCACUCACUCUUCUUUUUAUUUUAUUUUUUCCUUUCUUUUUUUAUUCCUCAAAUGAAGAGAAAUAGAAAGAGGGAGCUGAAUGGAAGGCGUUGGUUUACACUACUUUAUUAUUCACUAAACUCCGAAUUCCAGCACAGGAAGAUCCAAAUUGUAAAAAUACAUGGUGUGGAAAAAUUCUCUAUCUCAAUUCCAGCCACAUGAAGGUUAUUUUAGAUUGAAACAGUUUGGAGAAUAUAUCCCCAUAGGGAACUUAUAAUAGCAUUUACAAAACGAGAGCCAAAGCUACCCGAAUUGUAAAUGUCAUUUUUAAUUCACCACUAUUCACAGUUUAGUAUAUAAGGCCCCAACUGUGAAGAUUUGAGAAAUACAGAUGUAAGCCCUGUUAUUUGCAUACCAAUUUUAACAUGUUUUCAUAUUUUUUUCCCUCCUUUUAAAAAACAAACAAACAUAUAAUACAGUAUUGACCUAAUCCGUUUAUUUGGUGUUUGUUUUUUAUACAGUAAAUGAACUGUAAAUAAUAUUAUUAAUGGCACCACUUGAGCCCUAAGGGGAGAAAUGCACUGCGAAAAUUUUAACUAUUUUAAUAAAGGUAUUUUGGCCACUUUCUCUUUUGUGAGUUAGCCAUUCUAUCUUUUUUUUUUUUUACCAUUUUUGCUAUUUUACUACCUGGCAUCUAAGUUUUACUUGUUCCAGAGAGAUAAUACUCCAAAGCAUUCUUGGUGGGAAUUAUACCACUUACGCCCUAUCAUUGAGCAGUGCGUCUUCCCAAUUAAUUGUGAAUAACCAUUUGGUAUUUUUAUACACUCUCCUGGUUUUAUCACAGUAAGCACUAUUGUUCAUCAUCUGAUGAGAUAUCUACUUACAACACUCCCUCACGUAUCCCAUAAGUGUGGAUUAUACCACUGUAUGCUGUUUAUACUAGAGCUAGUUUUAAGCUCUCAAAAAACGUGAGUAGAACCAUAUAGACCUCUUUUAUCGACUGCUACCUAUUUGGGUUUUAUUGCACUAUUAGUUUUUCUUUUCUCUUUCAUACUAAUCCCACGAACCCCUCGAUCUCAUUACUCCAUAGACGUCUCUACCUCAGAUAGAACUGUGAUUGUUCUCUCAUCCAAAGGUUUUACUGAACUCUUUUUGGACUGUUCUUUAUAUAUACAGUUGCAAGAAAAAGUAUGUGAACCCUUUGGAAUAAUAUGGAUUUCUGCACAAAUUGGUCAUAAAAUGUGAUCAUCAUAAAAGUCACAACAAUAGACAAUCACAGUCUGCUUAAACUAAUAACACACAAAGAAUGAAAUGUUGCCAUGUUUUUAUUGAACACACCAUGUAAGCAUUCUCAGUGCAGGUGGGAAAAGUAUGUGAACCCUUGGAUUUAAUAACUGGUUGAACCUCCUUUGGCAGCAAUAACUUCAACCAAACGUUUCCUGUAGUUGCAGAUCAGACGUGCACAACAGUAAGGAGUAAUUCUUGACCAUUCCUCUUUACAGAACUGUUUCAGUUCAGCAAUAUUCUUGGGAUGUCUGAUGUGAAUCUCUUUCUUGAGGUCAAGCCACAGCAUCUCAAUCAGGUUGAGGUCAGGACUCUGACUGGGCCACUUCAGAAGGCGUAUUUUCUUCUGUCUAAGCCAUUCUGUUGUUGAUUUACUUCUAUGCUUUGUGUCAUUGUCCUGUUGCAACACCCAUCUUCUGUUGAGCUUCAGCUGGUAGAUAGAUGGCCUUAAGUUCUCCUGCAAAAUGUCUUGAUAAACUUGGGAAUUCAUUUUUCCUUUUAUGAUUGCAAUCCGGCCAGGCCCUGAUGGAGCAAAGCAGCCCCAAACCAUGAUGCCCCCACCACCAUACUUCACAGUUGGGAUGAGGUUUUGAUGUUGGUGUGCUGUGCCUUUUUUUCGCCACACAUAUUGUUGUGUGUUUCUUCCAAACAACUCAACUUUGGUUUCAUCUGUCCACAGAAUAUUUUGCCAGUACUACUGUGGAACAUCCAGGUGCUCUUGUGCAAACUGUAAACGUGCAGCAAUGUUUUGUUUGGACAGCAGUGGCUUCCUCUGUGGUAUCCUCCCAUGAAAUCCAUUCUUGUUUAGUGUUUUACGUAUUGUAGAUUCGCUAACAGGGAUGUUAGCAUUUGCCAGUGACUUUUGUAAGUCUUUAGCUGACACUCUAGGAUUCUUCUUCACCUCAUUGAGCAGUCUGCGCUGUGCUCUUGCAGUCAACUUUACAGGACGGCCACUCCUAGGGAGAGUAGCAGCAGUGCUGAACUUUCUCCAUUUAUAGACAAUUUGUCUUACUGUGGACUGAUGAACAGCAAGGCUUUUGGAGAUACUUUUAUAACCCUUUCCAGCUUUAUGCAAGUCAACAAUUCUUAAUCGUAGGUCUUCUGAAAGCUCUUUUGUGCGAGGCAUCAUUCACAUCAGGCAAUGCUUCUUGUGAAAAGCAAACCCAGAACUGGUGUGUGUUUUUUAUAGGGCAGGGCAGCUGUAACCAACACCUCCAAUCUCAUCUCAUUGAUUGGACUCCAGUUGGCUGACAUCUCACUCCAAUUAGCUCUUAGAGAUGUCAUUAGUCUAGGGGUUCACAUACUUUUCCCACCUGCACUGUGAAUGUUUACAUGGUGUGUUCAAUAAAAACAUGGCAACAUUUCAUUCUUUGUGUGUUAUUAGUUUAAGCAGACUGUGAUUGUCUAUUGUUGUGACUUAGAUGAUGAUCAGAUCACAUUUUAUGACCAAUUUGUGCAGAAAUCCAUAUCAUUCCAAAGGGUUCACAUACUUUUUCUUGCAACUGUAUAUUAUUUUUAUUGUUCUCUCUCUGUAUUAUAUGUCAUUGUUUAUUUCAAUAUUACUACUUGCUUAUAUUUAAUUUUAUAUAUUAUCUCUGUGGCGCCACCUUUCUCUCCUUCCUUAAACGACAUUAUAACUACAUAAUAUCGUGUAUCGUGUAGUUCUCUCUUGUGCUGCCAAAACUGCUCUGAUAUGUCGAGCACGGACUACCCAAAACCUUUGAACAUGUCCCGUGGUAUCUGACAUUAGCAGCAGAUCCUUUAAGUCCUGCAAGUUGUGAGAUGGGACCUAGAUCGGAUUUGUUGUUCCAGCACAUCCCACAGAUGCUCAAUCAGAUUGAGUUUUGGGGAGUUUGGCGGCCAAGGUUACACCUUGAACCAUGUCAUGUUCCUCAAACCAUUCAAUAACAAGUUUUGUAGAGUGGCAUGGUGCAUUAUCCUGCUGUAAGAGGACACUGCCAUAAAGGGGUAUCACUGCCAUAAAGGGGUAUAUGAGGUAUGCAUCAAUCUCUAGGUAGGUGGUACAUGUCAAUGGAAAAUCCACAUGAAUGGUUUCCCAGCAGAACAUUGACCAAGCGCAACACUGCCUUUGCCGGCCUGCCUUCUUCCCAUAAGGCAUACUGCUGCCAUCUCUUCUUCAGGUAAACAACACACACACACAUCCGGGCAUCCCCAUGAUGUAAAAAAAUUGAUUCAUCAGACCAGAAAACCUUCUAUUGCUCCAUGGUCCAAUUCUAACGCUCAUGUCCCCAUUGAAAGUGCUUUCAGUGGUGGACAAGAGUCAUCUUGUGCACUCUGAAUUGACCAGUCUGGGGUUACACACGAACCAUACAUGGCAAACUGCGAUGCGCUGUGUGUUCUGAUGCCUUUCUUCCAUGGCCAGCAUUAAGUUUUUCAGCAAUUUGAGCUAAAGUAGUUCUUCUGUGUCAUCCGACCGAACAAGUUAGCCUUAGCUCUCCAUGUACAUCAGUGAGCCUUGGGCUCCCAUGACCCUGACACUGGUUCACCAGUUGGCCUUCUUUGCACCACUUUUUGUAGUCCAUACUGUCCAUACUGGGAACACCCCACAAGACUUGCUGUUUUGGAGAUGCUCUGACUUAUCUAGCCAUCAAUAUUUGGCCCUUGUCAAAAUCACCCAGAUCUUUUUGCAUGCCAAUUUUUCCUGCUUCAAACACAUGCAUUUAAAGAACUGACUGUUCACUUAUUGCCUAAUAUGCCCUGCAUCUUGACAGGUGCCAUUGUAACGAUAUAAUGUUAUUCACUUCACCUACCAGAGGUUUUAAUGUUGGGGCAUUGUAUAGAUGAUAUGUCACAUUGUGUGUUUUGGUGUGUGUGUAUGGGUGCACAUGUUUUUUUUGUUGUUUUUUUUUAAACACUUGUGUAAAAAAUGGAAACAGUGACAGGUGUAUAGGGAAAGUCUGCACAGGGCACGAUAUUAUUUCUUAAGCUGACUAUAAAGUGUUGGGUCACCCCCUUAACUAUCCAUCCUUUUUUCUGUUCCUUAACACAUAACACAUCGAGCUGCACAGGUGGAUUACAUCUCUCUUAGCAAAUGUGCACCUUUCUAGAUAAGCUACUGCUUUUAUGAUAUGUUACUGUAGGCUUAACUGCCUUUAAAUUCUCUGUACUGCUGAAUGUGUACCCUAAAUAAAGAAUAAUAAUAAAAACAAAAAAACAAAACACCUGUCUACAUUUCCCAUCUGGCGUUUCUGACAGCCAUCGUUAUACACCUAGUGCAGGGGUAGGCAACCUAUGGCACUAUUGCCAUGCAUGGCACUCAAGGGCCAAACAGGCUUUGGCCUGUCAGGAGUCCCAGUGAAACAUCAGAUAUCUUCUAAUACAAAAAGGUGGUGAAGGACAAUCCUCCAUUUAUGCAUUGCAGCACGUAGAGGAAGUGAUCUCAGAUCACUUCUUCCCAGCACUUGUGAAUGGGAAUUCACACUGGAGUAGAGCAGCCCACAGCUUCCUAUUGCAGCUUCUGUCCUUGAGCUGUACCUGGCCAACCUGGUCCCCACUAAAACCCAGGGAAGCCCCCCCCCCAUCCAAAUAAUGCAAACAGCUCACACACAAAACACACAUACAGUCCACACAAACACACCACCACCAACAAUCCACAUACAUACAUACAUACACACAACCCCACAUGCAGCCUCUCACAUGCAAUACCCCAAACAGCCCCACACAUACACACACUACCAAAUACACAAUGUGACAUGUGACCUAUCCAUCCACACACAAUUCCACAAGCAGCCCCAUACACAGCCCAAAUUCAUAGGUAUUAUACAUGAUACCACAAACUAUUAAUGAACAUAUACAAUAUAAUAUCUCAUAUACGCACAAAUACAACGAUACAAAGCAACUGCAGUAUAAAUAACACAAGCAGAAUAUGGCAACAUGCACACCUCAAUUUAAAGAAAUAGGACCGACACGCUACGGAACAUGACAAUCAUAUUUCGGCACAGUGCUGCUAAAAGGUUGCCUACCCCUGACCUAGGGUAUUUCACCUGGUGUUUUCCUGGGAUAAGGGACAAACAAAGGACCAAUCACCAUGGAAAUCAAUAGAAUGUCUCUUGGCAUUAUGCAUAGUGAUGUCCCGAACGGUUCGCCACGGACUCCAGUCAGUAGACACAUUCCAGCCAAUCAGCAGCAGACCCUCCCUCCCAGAUCCUCCCACCUCCUGGACAGCAUCCGUUUUGAAGCUGCAUUCUUAGUGAGCUGUUCAGGAGGUGGGAGGGUCUGGGAGGGAGGGUCUGCUGCUGAUUGGCUGGAAUGUGUCUGCUGACUGGAGUCCGCGGCGAACCGUUCGGGACAUCACUAAUUUUAUGCACUCAAAACAGCACUUGUUUUGCCUUGAUAAAUUUCCCCCUUUAUGUACAAAGACAGGGACAGAGUACAUCCUCACAUAAGCCAUGCAAGAAUCAUACGGUGAUUGGAAUGUCUCUAACUAGAAAGAAGUGCUUGCCGUGUCCGUCUCAUGAGAGGGUAACAACAAAACGAGUUGGCAGUUGGAGACAGAUUAUCUUUCGAAAAAUUUUUGUGAUGAUGAGUAAAACACGUGUGUGUAUGAUAUAAGGACGUUUGUGUGUGUGUGUGUGUGUGUGUAUGUUACAUAGUCCAUCUACUGUAUUUUGCUGCCGACUGUAAAUAUAUUGAGUGCAUGAGGAGCUGGUUUUUCCAUCCAGCUUCCUGUCCUGUGUGCAUUUGGCAGAUGUGCUCAUGUCGAGAGUGCUGAUCAGACAAAAAAACCUAUAACAGGCGAGAAUGUGAACUAAAAGUAAUUCAUAGCCUCGAGGGGAACAGUCAGCACGGCAAGAAUAUACAGGAUCAAUGGGGCAAGAAUAUACACGAACAGCUCGUCCGUUUAGAAGAUUGCUUUCAGACACCCAAAACAACAUGUUGUUUUAGAAGCUUUCAAUGAACUACCAAAGAGGCGACAAGUUUUAAAAGGCAAAUUUACAUCCACUGGUAGAGAUCCAGGUGACACAUUCCUUGUUUAUGUGUUAAAUCCACGGAAACAACCAGUGAAGGGGUCAAGACAACACCUUUUAAGCAGCAAUUGAACAGCUGGAGGGGGAAAUAUCUUUAGCCUUUUUUUGCAGGUGGUAUGCGUGGAAUGGUUGGUGACACCCAUGGUUUUAGCUGAAUCUGCAGAGAAUGCGCAGCAGCUGGAGAACGAUCAGUGGGUAACCCAAGUAGCUACCAUCUUUUCCUUGCCAACAUUAACCCUUUCAUGUGUAUCCUUGGCCUAUAUUCUUUUUUGGGGCCAUAUGAAAAACGUCUUUAAAGCCCAUACACAGGAAAAUAAACAACUUAUUUCACCCCAGUCUCGGGGCUUUAAUCAUAUAAUUUCCCAUAAAAAUGUUUUACUACUUAAGUCUGCCUCUACAAUUUUUUUAGAACACUGUUUCAUUUGUAUUGGAUUACAACAGUAACUUAAAGAACCACAUAAGUGUUCUCUAGUCUAUCCAUUUUAUGCAUGUCGUAGUGGUUAUGGUGCCCUGUAAGUAGUUAAACCAUUUGCUUACAGUUUGGCUUCUUACUUGCAGUCUGCUUGGUGCCACUCCCUGCUGCUGUGAGAGCGGGACACACUCAGCCAGUGAGCUGACCCUUCACUGCAUUAAUGAAGGAGUGUGGGUGCAGUGGUCCUUUAGUUUUAACCCCACAAUGUAAUUCAUUGCAGUUUUGUAGAAAUUGCAAAGUUUUCAUUGCAGGGUUACACACACAUUUAGUUGCUGUUUUCCUGACAGCCACCCGAGGCACUUCUGUGUGAGAACAGACUGAUUUGUUGGUUCUUGGUCAAACGCUGCUCUUAGAUUGGUGCAGCAAGGUGAUUUGCUGUGCAGUCACACAACAGUCGCAGUGCUUUCUUGUAGAGAAGCAUUGGAUUGGCUGAGAUCAUCAGUCAUGGAGAUCUCAGCCAUAGAGACAGAGUGGCCACAGCAAGAUCAGCACGGGAAGAAUACCCGCCUUUCAAACCCGCAUUGGAGGGGGAGGGACGUCUAAAUAGUUAGAGGAACACUUUAGCGUUAGAAAUACAUAUAACGCUACAGCGUUCUAUUGUUUCAAUUCUGCCUUCCAGAAAUUCUUGAGAAAUCCAGAGUUUGCCUUUAAAUUGCUAUUUAUGUUUUUUUUGCUAAACACAAUGAAGAAAUUCAAUAAAUGUGCAAAUUGUUUUAAAUAGAAUCAAACUAUAACAUGUAAUUCUUACUUUUAUUAAACAUUCAUAGAUAUCAAUGCCUCUGCUGUAUGCAGAAAAAAACAAAUUGAACAACGCAGACUUUGUCUGUUUGGUUCACUGAUGGUAAGAUGGUUUGAGGGACACUCCAGGCACCAUGACAACUUCUGCUCACUGAAUUGUUUGUAGUGCAAGUGAGUUUCCUGUGGUCUUCUUGUGCGCGUUUGAAAAAAAAAUCCCUGUUGCCAUUGGCCUGCUCCUAGUCACAGAUGUCAGAAAAGGAGGCUAACGCUGUUUAAAUCCAUAGUUUCACUGACCGGCAUUGUGAGAAAAGCCAAAGCUGGUACGAUGGCCAUGCUUUGUUGGUUGAUCACAGUGUACAGCUCUGUUCACAAAACUGGAAAUGUAUUUCUCGAUAAACCAUAAGCUGUAGUGGUGAGUCUUUCUCUGCUUAUUUAGCAGUUCCACUCUGAUCCGAUCCACUGUACGUGUUCUGAAUUGCCCAAUAUCAUAAACCUCCAUUAUGGGUUAAAUUUAGAUCCAUACAGUAAAAUUAGCUGCUCUUGAUUGUGAAUGUCAGUUCCUGAUCUACACAGUGCUCACCAUUGUGGCAGCAUCCCAACAACUGUAGAACAUUUAACGUUGACUAUUUGUUUUCCGUUUGGGGUGAGGGAAGCAGCCAACCCCACUUGACAAGAGUAUGUAGACUAGCAGGAGGUGUGGAGGUGUUUUUUAUGCCAUUUAAUGCAGUUCUUGUCACUGGUGAUGCUUUUCCGUGUAUGCGUUUAUUAUACCAGUUAUACCUGUAUGAAGAAAUCAUACCUAGAAGGACCCCAAACUCAUGGUAAUUAAACUUUUUUUUUUAUGAGGUGAACAAUAAUUGAUUUUGGCUCUUUUAUCAGAAUAUCAGAAUUGCCUUAAAGGGAAAAUGUCAUAUAAAAUAAAUUCUGGUUUGAAAAGAGCACAUCUGCUGACUUGGCAUGUUAUAAAUAAAUAUGUCUGCUGCCUUUCUGUAUAAAUGUGUACUGUGUAAUUACUGGAUCCAUCCAUCUGGUAUACUAGCAUCUGAUUACAAAGUAAGUGCAGCCUCUCUGUAAAAUGGCUUUGCUGCUUUACAAACCGUGGUGCAGACACUUUCAUUUAGGUCUGUGUACAUGUGAAAAUUUACCGUGGGCUCUUGUAAGAUAUAACUUGGCUGUUUAUCUAAGAAAAUUGAGUAUUUACUAAAUACAAGGAAGUUUGUAAAGUUUAGGUCAAAAUACCUGUUAUAGAAAAUGUUUUCACCGUUAAUGAUAUCCUUCUUCUGCUAGUAAAAUGCAGAGCAAAAUGGUCAUCUGUGUCUUUCUCCCCCAAGUCAUUUCAUUUCACUAAUGAUAUGAAUUGCAGACAACUAGUGACCUGUGUGAUUUAGUGCGGAAUCAAAAAAGCAGGUGUAAUAUAUGGAACAUAAAAAAACAAUCUUUGCCACUUUGACUGCUGUCAUACCACUUAACUGUCCCUUUUUAGGAGGGACAAUCCAUAAAUCUCCAAAUCCAUCUGUCCCUCUUUUCUAUCCUAUUGUUCUGCUUUUCUAGGAGCUCCAUAUUGUUGGUGUGCCUGAGUGUAUAACAGAGCUCCACAGUGAUAAUGCACACAGUAAUGUGUCUUUAGCCUACAUUAAAUAUGUUUAGAAAUCGGAUUAUGAAAAUAAAAUACAUUAUUCUUGUUUUACAUGAUAUUUUAGUUACAUACAUUGUUAUAAGUAAGUCACCUAGAAUUUCUCGGAACAGCCCCGCCAAUGAUUACACCCCCAGACACACCCCUAAAAUUAAAAUGCACAAUAGUAAACAUGUUUGGGAAAAAUAAUGCCAUAUCAGGAUGCUGGAGAUGUUCAUUAAUCAUUAGACCCAUGGUUUCAAGAAUCCUUUAAUGACAUUCUUUUCCCCUAUUACCACUACCCUGUAGUAGGCCCCUGUGGUCUUAGGCUACGUACUGACUAAUGAGAUCAGUGAUAACAAACAACAAAGUUUGUGCACUUAUCAAAGAAGGUGGUGUGGUCCUUAAGCCUCUGUACUGAGCCACGAUUUAGGCUCCAUAAUUGUGAGUAUAAUUGCUACCACAUAUCAAGUUCUCUUCUUAAAGUAAUAUCACACUAUUUCUACCUAUUCCCUCUACCCUGAGAUACACCGCUAGAAAAAGGAUCCACUUAAAGAAUCAACACAAGAGAGGGGAAGGUCGGCUAAACUGACCUAAAGGCUACACACACUAGAGCUAGGUCUGUUAGCUCUGGAUCAUGUGAGUGUUCCAUGUUGGAUUUCUUGUUUUAUCAUAUGUAUUAAGGUUUUGCACUAUUUUGUAUUGAUUUCCCUUUUACGGUAUACUUGCUGGCACACCACAGAUGGUUAUUUCUGCCAGUUAAGUUAUUACCCUUUUGAUUUUUUACACUUAGCACAUUUAAGCACAUUGGUUGCACUUUACAAGUAUAUAGCUCCCCACUGUUUUACAUGAAAUUGUCACUUUGUAGUGUGUUUUUGAAAGUUUGCACAUUCAGUGUAGUAACUGCUAUCUUUUUUUAAAUAAAAUAAAAAUAAACUUUUAAACCAAUACCAGUUUUUAACACACACACAUACUUACCCAUUUUUCAAAAUUAGCCUGGGCUGAUUCCCCCCCAGUCCAGCUCUGUUCUAUCGCAUAGAUUGUAAACAUUUAUGCAGGUCCUUCUUCACCUCUUGUCAGUCACCAUUUAUUUUAUAUAUAAAUUACUGAUUGUUAAAUAUCCUCAUUAUAUAACUGUGAAGUGCUUUGGAAAAAUACUGGCACUGUGUAAUUGCUUAAUAAAAUUUGUAUAAAAAAAUCAUAAUGAAAAAAAUAAAUAAAUAUUUGUUUGGGAAUAAAAUAAUCAUCUAUUCCACAGUGCUUCUAUGUUUCUUUUUCCCCAAACACAGACAUUCCCCAAUUUCAAGGUUAAAUAAUGUAUAAUUUAUAAUUACACGUCUGCAUUUUGCAACUUGUGAUAAGUACAGCAUCUCCUAGACUUGAUAUUAUCAUUGUUUUAUUGACUGGUUUGAUUAUAACACUGGGCAUUAUUUGCAGUUCCCUGUAAUAACUAUAAUCAAGUCUACUCUUCCUUAACCUCUAAUUUGGAAGGGACAGGCAGCUACUUAAUUUUGGCAGCACAGUAAUUAAAAACCUCCUGUAAAUAAUUAAAGUCAACACUAUAUGUAAAUAUAUUUAUCACUAUAGAAAUUGAUUUACAGAAUCUGCCAACUAAUUGUUAUCCUCAUAUUUCAGUUUUGAGAAAUUCUCUAUUGGUGACUAAAUUCCAUGAAGUGCGACUUUUUUAUUUUUACUUUUGCAAUGAAUCUAUGCACAAUACCUGCUAAGCAAAUGUGUACACGCUUUUAUCACUAGCAGUAUUACUAGUUUUAGGCCAGAGACACCCCAUGAAUGUGCAAGACGGCCAUGGUGGCAGACGCACAAUGAAACACAAACACAGCAGAUUGAUACAAUGAGACAUGCCACUGUAUUUGAAUUUGCCGUAAUAAAAACAAGAUGAUAGCUUAUUGGGAACAGUCAGUUUUUGCACAAUCCAGUACCCAACUAAAAAAAAAAUAUAUGGUUUGUGCAAUUUGUUUCCGCCCACUCUUCAUUUUACAACUCCCCCCACCCCCACUCCUCCCCUUUCAUUACUAUCCCGUAAGCCACUUUAAUAUUCUGUUCGAACAAAAAAUACCAAUAUAGUCCUUUCUCCUUUUUAUUUUUAUUAUUUAUUAACUUUUUAGAACAAAUUGCACUCUGCAUCUACUUGGCCAACAAAUGUAUCACCCUUACUCUACUUGUCUCCUUUAAUUUUCUACGGAUAACAUGAUAACUGCUCUAAUUAAGUGCUUGAAAUGAUCUCAAUUAAUCUUGCAUUAUUAGAUAACUCUGGGAGUAGAUAAUAACUGGCAGUAGGCCACUGUUAUGGCAAUCACAUUCAUUGUCACAGGAAUCAGCAAGGGAUGUUUAAUUGUUAAAUAAAGCAUGUUCUCUGUCUCCGUGGCUCGAAGAGAUUAGUUGGAGGUGAGGAGAAGGCCUUGGAAGGUUUAAUGUGGUACAUUUGCUGCUUUGUUAAAACCCCAACAAAGGUAUUAGUGGGAUAAUGCCAUAAUCUAGUUGUCAAGCCUUUGUUAAGAGCAGACACACUGACCUGUGUGUAUGGUGACGCUGUUGAUGAACGCUUUGCACAACUGGGUAGUGGUGAUGUGGCCGAUUAUCCUUUUAUAGAUAUCCUUUAAAGCAUAGAAAUAAAAAUAAUUUACACAGUAAAAUUUUGUGUUUGAGAGCAGGCAACAUGCCAUAGCUUGACUUGUGUAAGCCACUUGGCCACUUCUCAAACGGUUUGUAGCUCAUAUUUUAGUCGGUAUAGGCAUAGGGUUAUGUCAUUUGUGAUGUCACAUAAUAUAUGAACAGAUGCAGUUUGUACAUUGUGCUUGUUAAAGGGAAAACCAACUGUCCAAAAAAGAAAUAAUUCACUAUUUAUUAGAUAUACCCUCAAUUAAAACAAGCAUGUGUUUGUGGGUUUAUCUAAAAGCAGCUUGCAAUAUCUGCAAUUCUCUUGUUUGCAACCUUUUCAAGCCACCCCUUUACCCCAACCCAGACUUUCUGUGAGUUAAACAACCAGGAAGUAACAGGAACUGUCGUCCAAUUGCCAGCUCUUACGGGUAUAACAAGGUUAAUUUGAAAAAAAAAAAAGUUAACAUUUCUAUGGAAAUCUGCAUUUUGUUUUGUAAAAGUGAAAUAAAAAAUACAAGUUAAAGUCCUUUAGGUGUUUGGAGUGCGCCUUUAAAUUGCUAACACAAGUAUUUGCAUUUUAUUCAUAGGUUGUAAAUAUGUACCACACUGGGUACUGGCAUAUCUUCUUUUUUUUUUUUUGACAAUUUUUAUUGAGACAUGCGGAAACUUUAUAAACGCGUGUGUACAUUUAGUAUAUUCUUCAUGACUAAACAUAGGUUAAUGUGUCCUGGUUACAUUCAGAUUAGACGUUUCAGUAUAGACAUUACUUGUUGUCGUUAGGUACAUAAAUAAUGCAUAUUACAUGCCCCAAGCAUUUUGUGGGGAGGUUAGUGUUGAAGGGGGGGUAAAGAAAAGAAAGGGAGAAAGGAUGUUGGGGGAGGGGGUUAUCAAGGGAAUGGGGAAGGGAUGACCCUCGGUUGUCUUGCUGGUUUGGUGGGAUGACCUGCGUCCGUAGGGGAGGAUGGCCAGCAAAUGUCGUCUGUCGCCGAGUUAUUGUUUGUUCUCGUGAUAGGACCGGAUCUUAUCUGCGCCCCACCACGGAUGCCGUUCUUACCUUCCAUCAGCCAUUAUGAUGUUUGGUUGUUGUAUGUGUCCCAUAUUUGUUUUGCCUUCGCUACUGUGGGUCUUGGGCCAUAUUGGUGUUGGUGCAUGGCUUCAUAUGUUCAAUUGAGUGCAAUUUGGUUUACUAGGUGUGUAUGCGAUGGUAUUUCUCUAGAUUUCCAAUGUCUAGCUAUUAGGAUAUGUACUGAUGGAAGCGUAUGGUAUAUUAACGCCCGGUGAGUUUUGGACAUCCUCUCAGGAAACAUGUACAACGGGCACAGUGCAGGAUUUUUUUCUACCUGGUGACCGAGUAUAUCCGACAUGAUUCGGAGGGCUUGUGUCCAGAGAGGAGCCAGUGUGGGACAUGUCCACCCUAUGUGGAUCAUCGUGCCCACUUCCCUCUCGCAACGCCAACAGAUGUUCGAGGAGGCGGGCCAAAUUUUGUGUAUUUUUUCCGGUACUAUUUUUUCCGGUACUAUUUUUUCCGGGGCUUUGCCUGCAGGAAGGGUUUUUAUUGUGUCCUUUACCUCUUGUUGAGUGAUGGGUUGAGAGGGCUUCUCUAUGCUGUUGUGAGAGGGUUGGCAGGUGGGCGUCCUUUAAGUAUUCAUCGAUAGAUUCGGGGGAUGUUGAGGGUGUUAGUGGAUCGUUUUUACGGUUGUAUACAUUUUUAUAGUACGUGGCGAAUUUGCUUAUAGCUUUCGGAGCCACUAGUCUGUCUCCAUUUAGUGUCUGUAUGUGUGCUAUUUUGGAUGCGGCCUGUCUGUCUCGAAGUCUUUGGGCUAGUAUUUUGCUCGCUCUAUUACCCUGAGAGUAGUGUGUGGCUUUUAAUUUCCUUAGUGAGUAGCCUACUUUGGUAAGUGCUAAAGUCUGUAUUUUAUCAUGUGUUUCUGAGAUUUGGCUUUUUAACUCUGGGGUCGGGUUUGUUUGGUUUAGUUUAUUAAGAUCAUGUAGUUGUUUUCUACCAGGGGACUUGUUGGGUAUGGGACGUCCGUUUGAGGUAGUGGGCUCUUUUUAUCAGUUUCCCGCGGAUGACGGGUUUGUGAGCUAGCCAGGUGGUUUCCGCAGAGAUCUCUGGUGUGAUAUUUUCUUUAAAAUAGUUUUUGAGCGUGUUUUCUAUGUGUUUUGUGAAUGUUUUGUCAUGUAAUAGUGUUUCGUUCAAACGCCAAGGGCUUCUAUUGUGGCUUUCAAAUUUGUCUUUUAGUUCCAAGGUGAUGGGCGCAUGGUCCGACCAUGUGAUUGUCGCUAUGGAACAUUUGAGUACCUGCGUUAAGUGUCUUCCCUCAGUGAGGAACCUGUCGAUUCGGGUGUAGGAGUUGUGUACCGAGGAGAAGAAUGUAAAGUCUUUCUCUGCGGUGUGGAGGACCCUCCAUGCGUCAUAGAGGUUAUGUUCGUCAAGUAGGUUCUGGUAUGUUUUGCAUUGUCUCCUGGUUGGGGUGUUUCCCUGUGUACUUGAUCCUUUGGAUGAGUCUAAGCCAGGGUCCAGAGUGUGGUUAAAAUCUCCACAUAUUAUUAACAUUCCCUUCUGGAUAGGCUCUAUUUUAGCUAGUGUUCUGUGUAGGAAGUUGCGUUGUUCUGAGUUGGGUGCGUAUACAUUUACUAUUGUGUAGGUAAUAUCAUUGAUGAUGCAAAUUAGUAUGAUAUAUCGGCCUUCCUCAUCUAUGAUAAGGUCAUGUUCUGUGAAUGCUACUUGGUUGCUUAUUAACACAGAGACCCCUUUCGUUUUGGAUUUUGCCGUAGCGUGAUCUUGAUAUGGGUAUGUGAGGGGUUUAAGGUUGUGUGGUUUGGUGAAGUGUGUCUCCUGGAGAGACACUACGUCAGGUUGGGAUUUUUAAAGGUCUUGGAAUAGAAUGUGGCGUUUAACAGGGGUGUUCAGCCCCCUGACAUUGUGGCUAUAUAUUUUCAUAAAGGGAAGGCAUGUGUGAGACACUGGUUAUGUUACUAGUAGUAUAUGGUUUGUAUUUCCCUUGAGUAUCCUUGUAUGGCCCAGGAGUUGAGUCUAUUGUGAUGUAUGUAAAUAAUGGUGCAGUGGGGUGUAUACUUGCAGUUAUGACGUGCAAAGGCUGUGGAGUUAUCGCGUGGCUUGUAUCCGUGGCGGGUUGUGUCCUUCCUUGAGACUUCUGGGUACUGGCAUAUCUUCUUAGCCUCAGGUGAUGCUUGCAUUAUCCUGGAUAGUGUGCACACAGACUGAGCAUUAUAGCACGUUGUUACUCUCUUUGACGUGCAUUCACUAAGGCAGCCAUUUUGGGGAACCUGCAGCAAAUUGUGGGUAUCUGUUAGCUUCUGGGGGCGGUGCUAUGAGCAGUCUUUUAUGGUGUAAUUGUGGUCACUGCUCUUAUUGUUUGUUUUGCUGUAUAAUGGACAGGGAUUAAGAAGUCAUUUCAUAGGUCUCGUUUUGCACUCUAAUGUAAGUGCUAAUUCCCUCAUGAUUUUCCUAUAUUACAGGAGGAACACAAACAUUUUGUCUUAAUGAAAAACACCACAGGGGAGAUAUGUAAAAAUGUCGCCAACACUUUUUUGCACAAUUUUUCAAAAUCUGUCAGAUUUAAUAAUCUACUGCUUUUUUGCGUCCUAACUGUGAUGUUUGUGCCAUUUUUUUCGACAAUGCAUUUAAUGUUUUCCCCCCAACAGAAGCAGGGUAGAAUAUUUUCACUAAAUAUGAAGAAAACUGUCACUUUUUUGAUCACUAUAAUAAAUAUGUUCAAAAUAAUGACGGAAUUUCACUUUUCAGAACACUUUGAUAAACAUCCCACCAAAUCUUUCUGUACAUUGCUACUUGUAUUUUAAAAGUUUUUUUUGUUUGUUUUUUUAAAGAGGGUUGAUUCUUUUCUCAGUAGAGUGGUCUUUGCACAAUGAUCCUGUGUGUUUGAGUGGUCCUGUAAGUGUUAAGGUAAAAUACUUUUUUACAAAAAUAACAUUGUUUACCUUACCGUAAACACAUCUCAUACUGACACUAGAGACGCUUUCGCUGCACUGACUAAGUAAAACUCAGUUACUCUGUAAAACUUGGCGGAAGCCUCAGCGCUGGAAUUUAAUUUUUUAUUUUAUUAUUAUAUAUUUAUUUUUUGGAGGGAGGAGGGGACGCAUCUUGUAAAUAACUAGGGAGAAGGGCACUAUAGAGUUAUACUCUUAAUCUAAAGGAAGAAUCAAUGUCUUAUAGUCCCAUUGUACUUCUGAUGUUCAUAUCAUCAUUGUUUUGCAGAGUGCUCAUCUUGCUAUGAUUGAUACCCUGAUGAUGGCAUAUACCGUAGAGAUGGUCAGCAUUGAGAAAGUCAUUGGCUGUGUCCACAAGUACUCACCCUUCUUUCAGGCAGCCGAUAUGCCCUAUGACAUUGAGGAUGCUGUCAUGUACUGGAUCAACAAGGUGGGAUUUCCUCACAGGGAUGGGUUAUAUUCCGGGAGUAUGUGUAUGGUCAUUACAAGACUCAUAUGUCCCAAUUCCAGUUCUUUUAGGAAAUAUACAGGUGCAUUACCCUACUAAGCUGUCUUUUCCAGGCAAUAACAUGUAGAACUACCACUGUUUUGAGGCUUAAAGUGACAUCAAAUCAAUUUCCAGAAUCCAUUUACACAUAUUUAACAGUCUCAGUGAUAAUGACAGAUCCAUAUUUAGUCACAGACAGUACAGUUGUUGCAGUACUAGUAGUUAAAGAACUUGAACUUUAUGAAAAAAAUGUUAGUUGUGGCCCAAUAUUUAACAAUGACCAUGUUUUGAGACAUUAUAGCACAGUUUGUGUGUUCGAUUGUCGUGUAAAAAAAAAUUAAAGCUUCUUCGUGUUCGUUUCAGAUGAAUGGACAUUUGAAAGGUAUUCUUGAGCAAGAACAACGAUUGAAGGAGCAGCAGAACAUGGAUCCAAACAAAACUCCCAAGGUAAGAAGUGUUCCCGCUCAAAGUUGAGCUGGAGGUUUUAUUGCACUGCUUAUUAAUUUUAGGAAAGGGACAGUGUAGGCACCCAGACCACUUCAGCUCAUGUAAGUGAUGUGGGUGCAAACUCCCAUCACCCUUAACCCUGAGCAUGUAAUUAUUGCAGUUUUUAUAAACUGCAAUAAUAACCUGCUAGGGUUAACUCCUCCUCGAGUUGCUGUCUGCUAGACAGCCACUAGAAGGACUUCCAGGUGCAUAAGCAACUUUUGGUAGUCUAAACGACGCUGGACGUCCUCACGCUAUGCAUGAGGACUUCCAGUGUCACCGGAAUCCCCAUAGGAAAGCCAUGGGAAAAUGCAAACGCAGCCAAUGCCGCGCAUGUGCCUUACGUCUCAUCCGCUGACUAAUGUCGGCAGGGGAGGAGUGUUGGCAGAGCUGAGCCAGCGCCAAAUAACAUCGGCGGUAGACCCAGGUAAGUGACAGAAAGGGCUAUUAACCCCUUCUGCACCACGUGGGGGGUGGGGGGCUUGACAGAGGGGAAAUUUAUAGUGCCAGGAAAAUGAGUUUGUUUUCCUGGCACUAUAGUUUCCCUUUAAGGAAGUCAUGUAGGCUUCAUUAAUGCUUAAUCUUGUAUUGUUUCUCUAGUAAUGAUUACUAUAUCACUAGAUUGUAAUUGUCAUUGGAUGUUUGACAACAUUGAAUUCUAAGAUUGGAACCAUUAUUCUAGAACAAGUAAAUGGAUGCUUUCAAGAUGUUCACCCACAUUGUAGCUGUAGAGAUUUAGGUGCAGGUUAAGUUUGUGGUUUGUUUUUACUCUUCAAGGAACACUAUAGGGUCAGGAAUACAACUUUAUAUUUCUGACCCUAUAGUGUUAAAAACACUAUUGAGGUGGCCAUCCACCACUUGCCCCCUUAAAUAGGGUAAAAACUUGCCUUUAUUCCAGCACUGCACAGCAGCAGCAAAGCAAGGGAGGCUAAUGCGCUGCGCCAAUUUAAUCAAGUGACUGCCACUGGAGGGGUUACCAGACAUCAAUGCAAAUGUCUGCAGGGACAUGCUAUACUCACCAGAACAACUACAUUAAGCUGUAGUUGUUCUGGUGACUUUAGUGUCCCUUUAAAUUUUUAAAGGGACACUAUAGUCACCAGAAAAAUAAGUACAUAUAUUACUGCAAAGAGCAGUGCCACAGGUGCCACGACUUCAAUGCCACGACUUUUGAAUGCAUAGAAUGGGUGGCAGUAAGCAGUGAAACAGAAAUGUAUAACUGCUGUAGUCUGGAGGCCUUCUCUAGAAAAUAGCUUACAGCUUAGUGCAAAAUGCUAGCACAUGACCAUGUUAGAGGUUUUUAUAAACUUUUUUGUUUUUCUUUUUCUUUUUUCUAACCAAGUAUCAUUAGAAACCGCUUUUUAUAAAUAUGUAGCUCUGUCAGGUUUUCAUUCAGCUCCAUUAAUUUCUUGAAUUAAGCUGUUCUUAAAGACUUGCAUGAAUACGUCAGAACUCCUUUGGGUACCUGGUCCACAGACUGAAACUCUGCAAACUUGAGAGACCGUAUUAAUUUAAUUGUAAUAAACCUUCUGAAAUAAUUAUGAAACAUUUUCACAGGUUCUCAUAUUAUCCACUUUGUUUAAUGACAUCAUUAAUGUAAACAGGAAUAAUGUAUUUAUCUCUUUUUGCGAUUUUAAAAUUUUUUAUUUUUAUUUUAAAUUAACAUUCUAUAUUUAUUUAUUUCACGCUGUUUGCAUUUUGCUAAUACUGUUGAAUCUCUAACGCCUUGGCUGCUUCAUGAAGCAAAUUCUGAUUCAUUCUCUCUGUUUGCUUUUUUCCUUCCCCUGCUUUGUCUGUAAAUCCCGCUGCUCCCUCUGAAGUCUUCUUCCAAAUGGUUUUGGAAACUGGUCCCUGUAAGUCUUGUUUGCGCUUAUUUUAUCUGUGUUCUAUAAGAGCGGCUUUCCUCUAUAUUUUGCUGUCUGUCCUCACCAUCCCAUUUAACACUAUUUGUAUAUUCGAUUACGUUCAUGGCAUUUGUUAAAAUUACUAAAGUUCUUUCCAUCCAGUCCUACUGUUUUGUAUCUCUUAUUUUUAUAAAGUUUGAAUCUAGUUUCAGUGGAGUUUAGCAUUAGUGUUCUUUGUUACUGUGUCUCACAUAUCUGUUUGGUGUUUAAUAUGUUUCAAGUAUCAGAUUUAGAACAAGGGCAUGUACAACAAUCUGUAUUGUUUUAAACAUUAUGAAAAAUUAUCAUCUGUUCCAAAGAUAUCUGUUUUGUAUUAAGUAACAAUUAUGAAGUAUUCUCCAUUAAUAACAUUUUAAAACUAUAAUUUCUUCAAGCCCCCAAGAUAUAUUUUUGUCAAUAGAGGCAAAAUAAUACUUGAGAUUUUACACUUAACCAGAAAUUCUUGCAAAGUGUGUCAUUGUACGUGAUUUAAUGAUAAACAAUCUAUACCUUUUUAUUGUGUAUCCACUCAACCUUACAGUUGGCACUGUGCAGUCAGGCUGUUGGUGCUCUCUUGGCAUUUACCAUACUCAAAGUCAUUUGUCAGGCUGCCAGAUUUGAUAGCACAAUUCAUUACCCCAGAGAUCACAUUGCUGCUUUUCCAUUGUUUAAUAGUGGUAAUAUUUACACAAAUACAGUUAUUGCUUGGCAUUGUGCAUGGUGAUCAUAAGCUUGCAUGCCACUGCAUGGCCAUGGGAUCCAAUUUCAUGAUGCUCCCAAUUAAGUUAUUUUACUAAAUAUUAUACGUUCUAAGUUAUUAUAUUAUAUAUAUAUAUAUAUAUAUUCUAUGUGUAUAUUUAUAUAUUAUUUUUACAUAAUUGUAAUCUGACAAUCCAGGCAGAAAGUCCAGAGAAGGAAUUUGCAAGCCCUAUAUUUAACCAUGUAACUUUCUAAAAACCGCAUAAAACCUGUACAUGAGGGGUGCUGUUUUACUCUGGAGACUUCAAUGAACACAAAUAUGAGUGUUUCCAAAACCUAUCACGACAACCUUGUAAUCGACGAAAGUGCAUUUUUUUUUGUGUGAAAAAACAAAUAUGAACAGUAAUUUUGGGCAGGGUUUGUGACUAAGUGGAUAUUGAAACACUGGACAUACCCCAUUUUGAAUACCCGUAGUUGUCUACUUUUUCAGAUGGUAUGCCAUGGUGGGAAUAUUUUUCAUUCCUGGGCUGCCAUACGGUCUCUUGAGGUACAUACUUGAUAUGUGCUACUAGAGAACAAAACCCCACAUUGUGUUCAACUCAAUCUGCUGAGUGCAAUAACCCCAAUCUCUGCCUUUACCAAUAUCUCUGGAAAUCACAGUGCAAUAUAAGAGACCUGACCAUUUCAGUUUUUAGAUGUAGAACUUUUAAACAUGGAUAUGAUUGGCCUCUGUCUCAUUUUGGGAUGUUUUAGCAGUUUACCUGUUGAAAUUACUCCACAAAGGCCUACCAUUUGUGAAAGUAGAGUCUACUGUCACAAAUGGUAGGCCUUUGUGGAGUAAUUUCAACUACUUAUGACACUCCAGGGUACAUCUUAUGAUGUAUAUUGUGCUCUAUCAGAGAUCUGACUGUUUUAGUUUUUACAAUAAGAAUUUUCAUUGCUAAAUUUGAUUGGCCUAUUCUGCAUUUUGGGCCAUUGUAGCCGUUUCACAGUUCAAAUCACUCCAUAAAUGCAUGCCAUUUAUGAAAGUAGAUUCCACGGGGUAUGUCAUGAGGUAUAUUAUGAGCCUUAUCAUACAGCACUCUUUAUCGCCAAUUUUCUUCAAAGUUUAUGGUAUUGUUUUAUUUUCACAUUUUUUGCCUGCACAUUGCACUUUAGUGAUUUAUUAUGUAAACUUGAUAUGUGCACUGUAAUAAAAAUCACUAUAAUGUUUGCACUAUAUCUCCCGAGUACAAAUUGACUCCCUUUGUAUACAAGUUUUUGUGAAAAUACAGAGCUGAAUUUAUAACCUGCCCAUUGCAGUUUUUAAGCAAAAUGACAAAUUGAACAUGGGGCUCUGAUGCAUUUUAGUAGUUCACCUUUAUAUUACUCCAUAGAUGCAUACCCUAUGCAAAACUGGACACCAUGGUAACUAUUACAUGAUCUAUUUUGAGCUUUAUUGAGGUGCCAUUUAUUCACCAUUUUCUUUUUAAAAUUUGUCGUACAAAUUUUUUUCUUAAAGGGACACUCCAGGCACCCAGACCACUUCUGCCCAUUGGAGUGGUCUAAAUAUUUACCUUGCAGGGUUAACUCCUCCUCUAGUGGCUGUCUGGCAGACAGCCACUAGAGGGCACUUCCGGGUUUCUAGCACAAAAUCGCUAAAAUCCUCAUAGGGAAGCAUUGAAAGCAUUCUGUCUCCCCAGCCGACGUCAUCCGUGGGCAGACCCUGGACGAGCGCCGAGGGACAUCGGCGCUGGACUCCGGUAAGUCACUGAAGGGGUUUAAACCCCUUCAGCAACCUGGGAUGGGGGUGGGAGGGAGAGGGGACCUGCAGUGCCAGGAAAACGGUUUGUUUUCCUGGCACUGUAGUGUCCUUUUAAUCUCACCUGUCUCGUAAUAAAAUAAGUUUAACUAUACUCGGCAACAUCUCCUGAGUACAACAAUACUACAUAUGUAUACCUUUGCAAAGUAACAGUUGUGAUCUUAAUACCAUACUAAAUCCUUAAAGGACCACUCUAGGCACCCAGACCACUUCAGCUUAAUGAAGUGGUCUAGGUGCCAGGUCCCUCUAGGAUUAACCCUUUUUGUUUUUUAUAAACAUAGCAGUUUCAGAGAAACUGCUAUGUUUAUAAAUGGGUUAAUCCAGCCCUCAAAUCCUCUAGUGGCUGUCUCAUUGACAGCCGCUAGAGGCGUUUGCGUGCUUCUCACUGUGAAAAUCAGUGAGAACACGCAAGUGUCCAUAGGAAAGUAUUGUAAAUGCAUUCCUAUGAGACCGGCUGAAUGCGCGCGCAACUCUUGCCGCGCGUACGCAUUCAGCCGAAAGGGAGGAGAGGAGGAGGAUCGGAGGCGGUGAGCUCCCCACCCAGCGCUGGAGAAAGGUAAGUUUUAACCCCUUUCCUCUCCCCAGAGCCGGGCGGGAGGGGGUCCCUGAGGGUGGGGGCACCCUCAGGGCACUAUAGUGCCAGGAAAACGAGUAUGUUUUCCUGGCACUAUAGUGGUCCUUUAAUCCUAAAUCCUAAACCUUAAACCUAAAUCAUAUACUAAUCCCAAAUAUAACUCUAUAAGCAAACCACUAAAAAUAGCCCCAGCUGAUAGAGGGUAGCCCCAGGUAUGUAUUGAUACCUGGGUUUUCUGGAGUGAGAAAGGAUUGAACCUUGCUCACACUGCAUUGCUGUCUAUGGGGUUUUAAAUGCAUGUUUGAAGCACGUACUUUGAGUGCAGCAAACAGAGCAUCGGUCAGUCUGGGGCCACUAAUUCUGUACCCAGCUGAUGGGGGGGAGCAAAUUAAUUAAACCAUAAGCAAUAUGAUAUGGUAUAUUCAGGUAUUUUUUAUUUAUUUUUUAUUCAUGCCUUUUUAUAAAUUGUUCCCCUAUAGUCUUGCUUUUUUACUUUAGUUCAAGGGACAAUAUUUUGAAUUUGAGAUUUACCGUAUCAUAUUUCUUGUUUCCAUAAUCGUUUUCAUUAACUAGCACAAUAUAUGGUAAGAUAUGAUUAUUUAUUUUGGAUAACAUUUGAAUUAGACAGUUAUCUGUACAUUUACCAUGUAUUGUUUUAGUUAUAUUAUUUUUCUGUUUUAAUAUAUGUACAUUUUAAUGUUGCAUGUACAAUAUAUUUACAGUAGUUUUUUUUUAUAUUUCUACAUAUAUUUGUUAAUUGCAGGACACAAAAUGUAUUUUCCAGUGUUUCUUGCCAUGCUACUUGCUACAGAACAACGCUUACUAUUAUGUGAUCUAUGGGAUUCGACAGAGUAUCUGCAUUCAGCGACUCCCCUGAUUUCAAAAUUAAUCACAGGGAAAUUAGGGGACAAAUACAACUGCUAAGUUUGCUGUGAUCUUCAAAAUGAAAUUUAAGGCAACAACCUGACUACAUAUAUUUGAACUAUGAAGGCUGUUUGAUGCAGUAUUUGAAGCAUUCCCAACACAGUAGCUGAGUUGGCUUAGAACUAGUGGCUGAACAUCUCAGCUAGUGCACUGGUCUAUUUUUAAUACUAGGAAUUGGCAAGUGGAAAUCCUGAGGUUACUUUUUGUAUUAAUACAUAAUAUAAUGUAUUCCUGAAUAAAUGUUACAGUGUACCCGUCAUGAUUCAUACAUUAAACUCCAUCUAUACAAUGUGCUAGUGCAGUUGAUACCACAUUUUAUAAUCUACAUAUCCUCUUGAUAUGCUCCAUCCGGACACCUGUCAAUAGAGGGCUAUGCCAGCAGUUGAGUGACAUUGGAUAGUGGUGGAACCUUGCUACAGGUUCUCCUACUCUUAGUCAAUUGGCUCAAUGUAUUGCUAAGGGAAAUGUUCAGAAUCUUCAUGUAGAGCAGGACUGCUUCAGAAAGUCGCUCUAGUGACUGUUUGAGUGACAGCGACUAGAGGCGGCCUUAGGAGCAAAUGUAAACACUGCCGUUUUUCAGAAAAUGCAGUGUUUACAAUUGUCAGAUUGCAGGGAAAGGCUCUAGACACCAGAACCGUAACAUUAAGCUGCAGUGGUUCUGGUGGUUAGAUUUAGACUUUGAGACUCCCUACCCAAUAUUCUAAAGUGAGAAACUAUCAUUAACCCGUAUAAAUCCCCUCCAUCAAUUACAUAAAUUUAUGUUCUCUCAUGGUUUACACCUGAGAAUAGCUUGCUGCUAAUACAGACACCAGUUGCAAAUGCCACAGAUGAUGUCACUGCAUGUGUUCAGCUUAAUAAACUGUAAAGUGCAGUGAAACAUUCUUUAUACCUGCAAAGAUACGUCACGUUUACACCACACCAGUGACUCAUAUUAUAUUUUUGCAUCUGUCAAAGUAAAAUGAAUAAUAUAUUAUCUAACGUUGUCCAAUGUAGUAUUUUAACUUUCAAAGGCUAGUGAAAGUUAUUGUGGAGUAAAUGCACAGUCUGAAGGCUAAUUUGUCAAUACAUUUACUUUAUCCCACCUCCUAUUUUCCCUCUCAACUCACUCAGUGUAAAUUAAGUGGUGGUUCACUUAAUUAAGGCUGGCCUCAGCCAUCUGUCAAGUUACAAGAAGGAAGCCAUUUAACAUUCACUACUUACCAAUGAGGUAAAAUAAUACAAAUGUAAUAAUAAUGUGAUGAUGUAACAUUAAAGAUAACUGCUUAGUUAAUGGUUGCACUCACAAGACAAACGCAUAUAAUGUGCCUGAAAGCCUCCCGGAGGAAUACUUGAGAACACCUGUUCAGAUGUAAACAAAACAAUGGUACUAAAAACAAAAUAGGUCCAACCUUUUGUUUAAUCUUUAGACAUUCUCAGGGAACGCAUAUAUAAAAGGAAUAUAAACAGAGUUUAAAAAAAUGCAUAGAAGCUGUCACUUCGGCGUUCAUUUAAAUAACUGUGUUCGCUCAAUGUGAAAGAAGGCUCUAAAGGAGGAGUCUUAGAGGUUGCUGCCACUUAGUUUAAAAUCAUUAAAAGGAGAUUAAGUAUAUACAAUUUUAUUUUUACAUAUAUACUUCUAUUUUGUUUUGGCUUUUUUUUCUACUGAAUAAUUUAACAGCAGGAUAUUAUAGAAAAAAGAAACACACAUUUCUUACACGCAGAACUCUUAGAAGAAACAUUUCCCUAUGUAAGAAGAUAAUAAAAAUAGUAAUAAUGCAUUAAUCUACAGAUCCACUUUAAAACACAGUCUGCUAGAUUAUCUGUCAUUUUGAUUGUUAGAGCUAUAGCUCACACUAUAUAACCCAAUAUUUUUUUACCACCCACAGGCUCGUUAUAGAAAAGAACCAAAUGUAUUUCGACAGCUCCCCUGCAUUCCCCUCAUGGAGAACAUAUUGAAGGAUGGUACUGAUGGCUGUGCAAUAUCUGCCCUCAUCCACUUUUACUGCCCUGAUGUCAUCAGGCUAGAAGGUUCGUAUUAUUUUAAUGUUAUUCUUAGAAAGAAAGAAAAUACUCUGUUUAAACCUGUAAAGCUUUGUAUCAUGAUGGCCAUUUUAAACCAUCUAUAUCACUGUUACAUGAUGAUGUCCACGAUUUUCUAGCUAUCUCUAUAGAGGUUUACAAGGAAUGUACAUGUUGCUUUAAGUGUAGCAUUUGAAAAUAUCCAUGUUAAAUAUCCACAAAAUUAAAUAACAGUGAAAGGAAGCCUUGUGAAAGUGGUGCCAAUUGUCUGGGCUAUUUAGGAACACAAUGCAUGUGGUCAGGGGUUUGUUGAAGUCCUCAGAAAAUGGUAUCGAUAAGAGCAACUACUUGGUUCCAAAAUAUCAGGAUAUGCCAGCAUAACCAACAUGGGUUGUAAUAAGUGGUUUUCUCUUAACCUCUCCAGAAGCAAAGCUGAUAAAUGGAUGGAUAUAUCCAAGCGAUAACUCUGUUAGAGUAGCCUAGUUGAGACCAGAGAUGCUUGAGUUCAGUACUGAUAGUUACAGAAGUGGAGCACACAUAGAGGAAGUGGAGGAUUUGAUGAAUGUAUCUGAAUAUCUAUGAAGUUAGAAUUGCAUGGGUUUCCUUUGAAUGUUAGAAAAUGUUAAGGGAGUGGCUUGGGUGAUCACGUUUUUAAAAAUAGUCAGGCCUGUUUUCAUUCACCAGCAAUAACAUUCACUGCUGUUUGGGCAGCCUAUCUCAUAGCUAGUUUGUGCAAAACAGGUUUCAGUUCAGGGAGCCAUUAAUGAGAUGUACUAAAAGUAUUCUGUUCUAAAAAGUAGUUUAUUUUUCUAAAAGUGGGGACGUCACCAUGGGAACAAGUUAAACCAGCAGCACAUUCCAUUGAUGACUCCUCCCCUUUUACAUUUUUACACCACUUUUUAAAACAGAACUUUUUGAUAAAUCUCCAUCAUAGAGGCUAGGAGAGGCAGGUAGUAAAUGGGAGUAUAGAACAUUCUCCAUGGGGUGAUGCGCACAGAGUUACCCUUGCACAUCUCAUCUUAAUAUUCCAAAUUUGUAAAUUUGCUAUAAACAAGUGCAAUUGACAAACCCAUCUCAUAAUUCAGCGAUAAUCUGAGUACUUUGAUAAUAAUUAAAUUUAAAUGGACAUAUAAAUAGGGGUACAAUCACAAAAAGACAUAGUUGACAUUUAGAAGCAUAUCUCAUCUUCAAUUUCUGGAGAUAUUGUUACCUGUACAAUUAGGGGCAGAUAAUCCACAACUUCCAUAAUUUAAAGUGUAAAGAACAAUAUACAAGAUGUGCAUGAAGUUGUAUUUGUAGGGACUCCUUGCCCAAAAACAAAGAAUACUGUCAAGAUGAACAAAGAAAUAUAAAAAACAAUUAAAAAUAAAAAUAAAAAAAGUAAAAAUAUAUAUACACACAUUAUUCGUUCCACAGUACGUGAUGGUUAAUUGCCCAUACAUGCACAAGUGCUGUGACAAGUCAAAUCUAUUCUGAUUUCAGACCAUUUUCCACAGUGCAUUAGAUUGGAAUAAUGUGAAGCAUUAGUGUGAUGUGAAACCAUGGGAUUAGAAUGGAGUUAGAAAUUCGUGGGUACAUUAUGUUGGAUGUGACAAUCCAGAGUAUGGUCUUCAAGAAAACGGUGGUCAGGCAAACCGUUACAUGCUGUGACAUCUUGUCUAGAAUCAUAAUUUAAUUUAACAUGCAUACUGAGAGAAUAUACACUAAUGUACUGUUGGACUUCUGUUUAUUGGGCCCUGGAUUGCAGCAAUAGGAGAGGUCUAAAGUGGAGACCUAAAUCAUUUUAUAUUGCAAUACUUUGUUGUGUUUCGUGUUGUAAUGAAACUAUCCAAAAUGUAAAGUUUAAUUUUCUCUGUUUUAGAUAUUUGUUUCAAGGAAUCCAUGUCCCUUGCAGACAGUCUUUAUAACCUUCAGUUGAUCCAGGAUUUUUGCCAGGAGUAUCUCAAUGGUUGCUGCCAUUUUACGCUGGAAGACAUGCUGUAUGCCUCAUCUUCAAUUAAGGUUCGUAUCCAGCUGUCCUGGACGCCUACCAUUGGCAUCCUAAAAACACUUACUAUUUGGAGAGCAAGUGGGCUCAGAAUUGAAUUGUUUUGUUUGUCUAUUUCUUUUUUUCCUGGUAGUGACAUGAAAAUGAGCAUUUACUUUUAUUGCUAAGUAGUGAUGUCCCGAACGGUUCGCGGCGGACUCAUCAUUGAGUAAACUUUGACCCUGUACCUCACAGUCAGCAGACACAUUCCAGCCAAUCAGCAGCAGACACUUCCACCUCCUGGACAGCAUCCAUUUUACAUUCAUUGUGAAGCUGCAUUCUUAAUGAGCUGUCCAGGAGGUGGGAGGGUCUGGGAGGGAGGGUCUGCUGCUGAUUGGUUGGAAUGUGUCUGCUGACUGUGAGGUACAGGGUCAAAGUUUACUCAAUUGAGCAGUUAACCAGGCAACUGUCUUGUGUGUUGUGUGUGUUGUUUUUUUUUUUUUUUUUUUUUUUGUGGUUCUUGAAACUGUAUUUCUUAUUGUGUAAAAGAAAAAGAAAUUGACCCUGCACCGUAAUUGUGUCUAGAUAGCUUAGAAUGAAUUUAAAGUGAACCUGUCACAUGCACUUGAAAGUAACAGGUAGGUGCAGGGGAGUUACGUUUUAGUUACCCGAAGCUGUCCCACACGGCCGACGCCAUAUUCAUCCUGCUUUCCUCUGGGCACUUAAUUUGCUAGGAGCCGCGUCUGUGCUGUACUCGUGCACAUGCUUGUUUGAAGUCUGUGAUUGGACCAUUUUGCAUAUGCUUUGAGAUGGCAGGGAGAGCAAGAGAUAUUCAAUUUAAAAGAGCAAAAAUACUAAAUAUAAGUAAUGGAAGAAGGCGGGAUGGACGUCACAGAGGGAGGGUAGAGAAAGAUUACGUCUGUUGUCUGGGUGCAGUACACACUGUUGACAAAAAUAAAAUAUGCACAGAUUUCCGACCGGCCAAAGUCGUGUGUGCGAGGGUUGUAACUUGCCCCCACUACACAAGUGCUGCAUGUCCAGACUCCUUCAAAUCAUUGAAGUGGUCUUGGCAGUUGAAGUAGCCCUUUAAAGGAACACUCCAAGCACCAUAACCACUACAGCCUGGAUGUCUCUAUUAAGCCUAAGCACGCCUGAGUCAAAACCUAGCUCAACUGACACUCUUGGUAAAUUAGACUGGCUCUGCAUGGCCCUUCUCAGCUCAAUAGAGCUAACUGGAUUCUCCUUUAAAAGGAAUACAGAAGAAGGGGCUGGAGCUGCGGGUGCCCGACAGGAUCCUGAUAAGUUGUCAAAUUAUUCUAAAAUGGUUUGAUAAAUGAAGUGACGUUGAGCUAGGGCACUCUUUCUAUAACCAGGAGUGCCAUUGUUUCUCCUGAACUGUCAGUUGAUUUAUCUCAAUCAGCAAGCUAAGCCCUGCACUGCCCAACAGACCCCAGGUAAGUUGUCACAGUAUCAGCAUUCGGUUUGACUACUUACAUCAUGGAACAUGCCAGGGCACAGUGGUGGCUCUGGUACCUGAUGUAUUCCUUUAAAUAUUGUUAUUCACUAAAGUGAGAAUUGCCAGGAAUUCUUAAAAUUCAAGGCCAAAGUAGCUGAGCUGGAAAUCUCAAAAUUGGCCAUGCUUCUAGUUUGGCUACAUUGGCCUUACAUUUUAAAUUCACUUUGAAUUCCCCUCAAUUCCUACUUUAGGGAAUAAUUCUGUAUGGAGCCCACUUGUGUGUUUUUUGUUAAAAAAUAAAAUGAAAAAAAUUGCAAUAUCAAUGACAUUCCUGUGGCUUCACAUUCUUUAUCAUGUACUCACUUCAUGCAUAUAGCAUCUCCCCCAGGUAAUUUCAAACCAUUUUCAUUUCAUUUUCAGACUGUUCAACGUUGUUUUUUAUAUUUUCUACAGGCCAAUUACUUGGUGUUUAUGGCAGAACUCUUCUGGUGGUUUGAAGUGGUAAAACCAUCUUUUGUGCAACCACGAGUAGUUAAUACAGAAGGUAAUAAUACAUGAGACACGAGUAAUGUGUAUUUUGGGGUUCAUUGUUCCACUUCCUACGGAAUUUUAGGAAGGUGCUAUGAAAGCUGACCUAGUACGGACAAAAAAAAAGUGUGUGUGUAUUUUCCAGAGGAAAAAUGGUGCAUGAAACCAUAUGUAAUCUGACUGAAGGAAUGUGUAUGACACAAAACAGAUUAAAAAACAAAUAUUAGAAUGCAGUCUAUAAUAGCCAGGCUGUGAUUAUAGCUGUGUUGGAGACUUUUACAACAUGGAUGUUUUGGCCAGAAUUUAGCAAUCUAGGGUUUAAUGAUUUCUGUUAGAAUGCUGUAUGUUUCAGAUCCAGGCUUUCUUUUUUUCUCAAUACAUCUGUGAUUUAACUGUGUGUCUUUUUUUGCAGACCCACUGCAGUCUCCUAAGCAUUUCUCUAUCAGAAGAAACACUGUAUCCCGCUCCACUAGUUUCAGGUAGGUUAAGAAAACCAAUCACAGAAUUGCUCCAUCAACGAUACUUUAUCUUUCUUAUUUACUAUUGAACCCAAGACAUAUUUGAAAACUAGAGAAAUCUCAAUGUAUCCUUCCUGGUAAAAUAAUUUUAAAAUAAAUAAAUUGGAUUUUGCCGUGCAGCUUUAAGAAACUUAUGCACAGUCCCAUGACCACUGAUUGGGAUUCUUGCAUUGCUUCAUGAUGACUGCCAUGUACUGUGUUUGUUCGUCUUGUAUAUGCAACAAAUAAUACAUUUUGCCAACACUAUCAGUAUUAUUUGCUAAAGUGAGACUUGGAAUAAUUCUACUAUUUCCUGGUUAAUUAUCCCUUUAGUAAAUAAUCCUGUAUGUAUUUCUGUAUUUCUCAUGUAAUGCAUAGCGACCAGGGCUUGCAAAAUCCCUUGGUCACAAACUGUAUUUUAAGAUUUAAAAAUAAAAUAAUGCCUCUGAGCUCCCUGAAUUUUUAAUUUUUCUUUUUAAUUUUUCUUUUUAAUUUUUCACAUUUCAAAAGUUCACAUUCAUAUUCAUUGUUCUAUAGUGGCUAGCCUGUUAUAUGGUAAUUUUUACAUACCUUUUUAUUAAUAUAUAUUUUUAUAAUAAUAUAUGAUACUAUUUCACAUCUGCAUCACUGGACUAAUGUGGCUACAAUCUCAACUAUAAUAUCUACAUAUAUAUGAAACCAUAUUAAACACUGGACAAAAUUAGAAACGCAACACUUUUGUUUUUGCCCCCAUUUUCAUGAACUGAACUCAAAGAUCUAAGACAUUUUAUUCAAUGUCCACAAAAGGCCUAUUUUUCUCAAAUAUUGUUCACAAAUCUGUCUAAAUCUGUGUUAGUAAGCACUUCCUUUGCCAAGAUAAUCCAUCCACCUCACAGGUGUGACAUAUCAAGAUGCUGAUUAGACAGCAUGAUUAUUGCACAGGUGUGCUUUAGGCUGUCUAUAAUAAAAGGCCAGUGGAAAAAGGGCAGUUUUUAUGGGAGGGAGGUCCGAAAACCAGUCAGUAUCCGGUGUGACCACCAUUAGCCUCACGCAGUUUAACACAUUGAUUAGGUUGUUGAUUGUGGCCUGUGGAAUGUUGGUCCACUCCUCUUCAAUGGCUGUGCGAAGUUUCUGGAUAUUGGCAGGACCCGGAACACGCUGUCGUAUACGCCGAUUCAGAGCAUCCCAAACAUGCUCAAUGGGUGACCUGUCCGGUGAGUAUGCUGGCCAUGCAAGAACUGGGAUGUUUUCAGCCUCCAGGUAUUGUGUACAGGUCCUUGCAACAUGGGGCCGUGCAUUAUCAUGCUGCAACACCACUCACCCACACGACGCCACACACGCUGUUUGCCAUCUGCCCUGUACAGUGAAAACCAGGAUUCACCCGUGAAGAGAUCACCAACUCUCCAAAGUGCCAGACGCCAUCGAAUGUGAGCAUUUGCCCACUCAAGUCGGUUACGACAACGAACUGCAGUCAGGUCGAGACCCCAAUGAGGACAAUGAGAAUGCAGAUGAGCUUCCCUGAGACGAUUUGUGACAGUUUGUGCAGAAAUUCUUUGGUUUAGAAAACAGAUUGUUGCAGCAGCUGUCCGGAUGGCUGGUCUCAGACGGUCUUGGAGGUAAAGAUGCUGGAUGUGGAUGUCCUGGGCUGGUGUGGUUACACAUGGUGGUUGUGAGGCCAGUUGGAUGUACUGCCAAAUUCUCUAAAACUCCUUUGGAGACGGCUUAUGGUAGAGAAAUUAACAUUCAAUUCACGGGCAACAACUCUGGUAGACAUUCCUGCAGUCAACAUGCCAAUUGCACGUUCCCUCAAAACUUGCGACAUUGUGCUAUGUGAUAAAACUUCAUAUUUAAGAGUGGCCUUUUAUUGUGGCCAGCCUAAGGCACACCUGUGCAAUAAUCAUGCUGUCUAAUCAGCAUCUUGAUAUGCCACACCUGUGAGGUGGAUGGAUUAUCUCGACAAAGGAGAAGUGCUCACUAAGACAGAUUUAGACAGAUUUGUGAACAAUAUUUGGGAGAAAUAGGCCUCUUGUGUACAUAGAAAAAAUCUUAGAUCUUUGAGUUUAGCUCAUGAAAAAUGGGGGCAAAAACAAAAGUGUUGAGUUUAUAAUUUUGUACAGUGUAUGUAUAUGUUUGUGCGCACACACACACACACACACACACACACACAAAAUGUGCCAAGCUGAUAAUGUAAUUGAGUGGGAGAAUAUUUUCUGAUUUUGCUAUUGGCCUAAAACUCGAAUUGCUUGGUCAAUUCAAACUGCAUCUCUGUAUAAUGAGUCAUUUUGAUAUCUUUUUGAAUUCUAGACAAAUGCUAUUUUCAGAAACGUACAUUUAUGAUUUGUUUCUUGGUUGUUGUUUUUUUUAUUACUUGCAGGAAUCCACAGCAACAAACUUCUCGGAAUCCAGGUAAUUAUAUAGAUCUUAAGGGUUUAGGUAAAAACAAAGUGGUACAGAAAUGUAUAGUUGUCCCAAUGAAGCAAGUGUAUGUUUAUUAUAUUACAUGCAUAUUUUUUUUGUUUGUUUUGCUCUGAAAAAUUAAAUUGCAUGAGGUUUAAGCGAAGUACUGUAACUCUGCUUGAGAUUUAGAACUAACAUAUUGCUGAGGAACUAAUUUCACAUUAAUGCGUUUGCCUAGUGGGUUAUAUUAGCUCAGGGUCCACAAUCAAAGGCUUUCUAUCGCUAGGCCCCCCUCCCCCCAAAAAAGUAGGUAAAGAGAUGGGGCUGGGAAGAAGGGCUGAAUAAAGGGAAUUAGAUAAAAUGGACUUCACAUAUUAAACUUCUUAUUAGUUCCAACACAGAGUUUAAGAACCACAUAUGUCCUUUUUUUUCUCAAAACCUAUUUAGGGUACUUCUAUUUAAUAUUUAAGUAUUUAAUAUUUUUUUCUGUAUUGAGAUUAUGUUCUAAAUUACAUUUUUAGCAGCAAUCCGAAGGUCGUCCUCCAUGUCAUAUGUAGAUGGGCAAGUUGGAACAUGGCCAAAAGAGAAAAGGUAAGAAAAAGUUGCGAAUAGCAUAGGGAAAACCAAAUCCAAUAUAUCUAAAUAAUUUUUAUUUGUUUUUAUCAUUCCUAUGGCUAUACUACCCAUUGCCCUACUAAUAGUAUUUUCUUUGUAAAUCAUGUUUGGGAGUAUUUUAUUUUUUUAUUUUUUUUUACAGACGUGUAAGAAAGGUUUGGUAACAAAUUUCUCAAAAUGUAGUGAGAGUUUAUUAGUAAAAAUGUAAUUGGAAUGUUAUCCGUCAAUACUAAAUAGAAAGUUAGUUGAAAUCAUUUGCAGAAUGCUAGGUUUAAAACCCAACAGGCAUUAAUGUAACAGAAUAUAAUAAUUCCAUUUACUGUGCACCCCUUUCCGCUGGCAAAAUGCCCGUAGAAUAUAUUUUUUUCCCUCUUCUGUUCUGCUUGCCUAUAACUAUACUACUUUUUAAGUGGAUGCAAAACCUCUCUCGUACCUUUCUAUGAGAGUGCUUAUACAGCAGACGUACACAUGCAAGGUCACAAUUUACUUUAUUUGUUUUUUUCAAAAAAUGCAUUAAUUAUGACUUGAUUUUUCAAAACAAGCUAAUAAAACUUGCACUGCUUGAAUGAAUGCAACAGACGUAGCAGGACCUACCUCAGGCUGUACAGCUUUCCGUAGAAAAGGGACAGCUGAAAUCUUAGAAAAUUAUGGGUUUAUUAAAAACACACAAUUCUGCCUUCGUAAACUGUAGGUGUACCAUGAUUGAGUGAUCUCCAGCCAAUUCCUGAUCUAGUGUGCUCACUAAAACAAGCUUGCCAUGUAGAGGAAGGGAACCAGUCAUAUGGAAUGGGGAAAGUGUUUUGUACAUAUAAUUUGGAUUAUUUAAUGUUUACCCUAUAGAAGUAUAUCAUAUCUUAAAAUGUAUAUCACCACUACAGAGGAGAGGAGAGUGAAAAUUUUGCCUUGGUGAUUAGAUGUUCACCCCCGGUAGGGUGUAACAUGUUUCUUCAAUGCCUGCAGUGGCGAGUAACUUUUAAAGCCUGGCUAGUGGCAUAGGACGUGAGGUUUUAAGCCAUGUUUAUAUUAUGUAUUAUUGUUGCAUAUUGAUUGGUUAUGUUAUUUGGUUUUAACUUGAUUUUCUUGCAGAUCAUCCGUGCAUGGUGUCUCAUUUGACAUCUCUUUUGAUAAGGAAGAUGAAAUCCGUGUGACAACUCCAAGCAGACCUAUCCAGAGAUCCAUCAGCAAUGAAGGCUUCUCUCUCAAUGUGGCUCGUGUACCCAAACAUAUUCGCAAAAAUCUAUCAUUCCAACCUAUUAAUGGCCAAGGACCAUCUGAAAGUAUUCAUGAGGAGUUUAAUCAGCUUUCUCUAAACCAUGAUAGAGUUUCACCUAACGAUGAACAAUGGGACUCAGAUGAAGGAGAUCAAUACAAACGAUCCAAUGGCCCACAUCAAAAUAGGCUCAGUUUUGAUGAACUUGAUUGUCAGAUAGAAGCUCCUAGUAUUGAAGAAGCCCUACAGAUAAUCCAUAACCCUGAGAAAACACCCAUUAUUGGGGACCAAGUGAAUAAUGGUUUCUUCUUGCAUAGUAAUGAUACAAAUUCAGCUCUACAGAUGUCCCCGUCUAUUCUUACAGAACCUAACUUAGACCUCCUUGAUGGAUGGAAAGGUGCCCAGAGUCCAGUCAGCGACACCACAGAGGUUGACACUGGAAUUCACGUGCCAUCAGAAGAUAUCCCUGAAACCAUGGAUGAUAAUUCAUCUUUGAAAGACUACACCGUAAGCUUAGAUUCUGAUUUGGAUGAUCCACUGAAGCUCCACCAAGAUUAUGGAGUUACUAAUCUGAGAGAUCCAGUAAGCCCCUGUCCAAGUUCAGUAAGUGGCAAGUCACAGGCAGGAAGUACAGCCUCUUCUAGUUCUGGCGUAAAGAUGACCAGUUUUGCAGAGCAAAAGUUUAGGAAACUGAACCAUGGAGACAGUAGGAGCAGUGGAAGCAGCUCGCAAAAGACUACUCCAGAAGGAUCAGAGUUAAAUAUCCCUCAUAUUUUAGCAAUUGGACAAAUACAGGAAGAGAGUGGCGUUCCACAAAGCAAGGAUACAACACAGCUGUUGGCAUCUGAAGUAGUGCAGCUGAGGAUGAAACUGGAGGCUAAAAGAAGAGCGAUUGAGGCUCAAAAGAAGAAAGUAGAAGCAGCAUUUACACGACAGCGUCAGAGAAUGGGCAGAACUGCAUUUCUUACUGUGGUGAAAAAGAAAGGAGAUGGGAUUUCUCCCCUGAGAGAUGAAGCAGCAGGUGUAGAAAGCGAAAGAGUGGGGCAAGAAACUGAUGGAGUGAUAGAUCCAAGAGCCAGCAACCCCUCUGAGAUGAAUCCAAAUAUAAACCUAAGCCUGGAUCAAGCUCCCUUGAAAUUGCAGAAAUUGCCACAAAUAUCUAUAGAUGGGGAGAAGUUUUUGAAUCCUCAAAGUCCCAUUGAAGAAAAUGUAAGUGAGAUAGAUGUUGGGGAAUACACAAAAUCCAUAGAAAAGCUCAAUUUGUCUCUUAGUGCUCUCCAAACAGAAAUGCAACGUUUGGCCAUGCAACAGGACCUACUGAUGCAGAUGAGAGAAAAACAAUCAUGGGUCAUUUCUCCUCCUCAACCUUCUCCGCAGAAACAGCUCCAACGAGAUUCCAAACCUUUGUCAAAACCCUUAGCAACAGGGUCUCUAAUUUCUUGCUUAACAUUGGAAUCCCCAAGACCUGUUCACAUAUCACCGCAAACUUCCAUCAAGAAGACAGUGUCUUUUAACUCUAAGCUCCAAAGGAUCCCUCGUCCAAACGAACUUAAAAUACCACCUUUAAACCGCACAUUGACUCCUCCUCAGUCGGUAGACAGUCUUCCUCGUCUGCGUAGGUUCUCACCUAGCCAGAUUCAAACAAGAUCAUUUGUAUAUUUUGGAGAUGACCGCAAGCCUGCAGCAGGAGCACCACAAGUCAAGGAAGCAUCUCAAGUAGAUACAUCUUCUGCUGAUGAGCCUGCAAGACAUGGAGGACCAGAGAAAAGAGUGGAAGCAAAACCCAUUGAAUCAACUGUAUCAGAAGUGCUUUCUCAGCCUAUCGUAGAAACAGUAUGUCUCACACCAAAUGAUGAGAAGUUCAUUGAACGGAGCUUAACUGCAUCCAAAAAUGGAAACCUUAUUGAAGUUCCACUCUCCAAAUUGCAGCCACCAGAUUUUCCGACAGAGGGAAAUGAAGUGGAAGCUGAAAAAGAUCUAGUUAAUGAGGACCAAAAAGUUUGCUGUGGUUUCUUUUUCAAGGUUGGUUGAAAUUAUUGAUGUUGAUUAUUAUGUUACUCUGUCUGUCCUUUAUAGCAAAAAAAAAAAAGAUAGAAUGUAAGAAUUUUUUUUAGAGAAACCUUGUAAGUCUUUAACGUGUGUGUGUAAAGUAAGGACCUAUAAAGUUUAAAGUAGUGCAUCAUAUUUUUGUCAAAUGUAAAGCUAGUGUGAAACAAAGUGCACUAAUUGUAUUUUCUACAUAUUGUAUGAGUUCUGAUCUAUGUUUGUUCAGGUGGGUGCUGUCUUCCUGUUUGAGCAGAUCAUGUUUUCAAAUCCCACAUAUGACGGAUGAGUCUCUGUAAUACAGGUCCGAUAAUCUAAGUGCAGCAAAUGUUACAUAUGUUAUGUAUUAAUAUAUAUAUAUAUAUAUAGAUAUAAAAAAACAAAACAAUACAUUAAGGAUAUUAAAAAACAUUCACAUAUGAAGUAUUUUCUGCAAAUCCCCAAGUUACCUCCUAAUAGAAUUAAUAUCAUACCCACAUAACUUUGUAUGUGAAUGCUGACUUUAUCCAACAAAUUAUUGAACAGUAAUGCUCUAUGGACCCAAUAGGUUUUCUCUUAUAACUGCUAAAGUACCACUCCCAGAAACCCAAAUAAUGACAGACAUUACAGCUAAGUUGUUGUAGUAGAAAGGGAAACAUGGGUAAGAUUGCAGAAAAGAUGAGCCUGUGGAGCAAGCCUAUUCAUUUUCUUUUAACUAGAGAUUAAACAAAAUUGCCAUAGCUAACUGUAAUCAAUCAUAAAUUGCCUCUGUUUGGGUGCCUGGAGUGUCAUACUCGGCAAUAAGAGAAUAUAUAAAAUUUUAAAUCUCUUAAUUUUUUUGCCAUAAGGAUGACCGCAAAGAGGAAAAUGAUAUGGCAGCAAAGCGUGCAGCUCUGCUGGAGAAGAGACUGCGGAGAGAGCGAGAAAAUCACCAGAGGAAACAAGAACUUGAGCUAGAGCAAGAACAACUGAAAGAAGAAGCAAGGUAGUGUUCUUGGUCGUAUAGUCUAGAACCACAUGGGUCAAUGUUAGCGUUGCAGAGAUAAAGGCAAUGUAGUGUUCUUGGCCUCAUAAUCUAAAACCACAGUGGUCAAUGUUAGCAUUGCAGAGGUAAAGGCAAGGUAGUGUUCUUGGCCUAAUAGUCUAGAACCACAUCGGUCAAUAUUAGCAUUGCAGAGGUAAAGGCAGGGUAGUGUUCUUGGCCUAAUAGUCUAGAACCACAUCGGUCAAUGUUAGCAUUGCAGAGGUAAAGACAAGGUAGUGUUCUUGGCCUAAUAGUCUAGAACCACUUCGGUCAAUGUUAGCAUUGCAGAGGUAAAGGCAAGGUAGUGUUCUUGGCCUUAUAGUCUAGAACCACACCGGUCAAUGUUAGCAUUGCAGAGGUAAAGGCAGGGUAGUGUUCUUGGCCUCAUAAUCUAGAACCACAGUGGUCAAUGUUAGCAUUGCAGAGGUAAAGGCAAGGUAGUGUUCUUGGCCUAAUAUUCUAGAACCACAUCGGUCAAUGUUAGCAUUGCAGAGGUAAAGGCAAGGUAGUGUUCUUGGCCUAAUAAUCUAGAACCACAUUGGUCAAUGUUAGCAUUGCAGAGGUAAAGGCAAGGUAGUGUUCUUGGCCUAAUAGUCUAGAACCACAUCGGUCAAUGUUAGCAUUGCAGAGGUAAAGGCAAGGUAGUGUUCUUGGCCUAAUAAUCUAGAACCACAUUGGUCAAUGUUAGCAUUGCAGAGGUAAAGGCAAGGUAGUGUUCUUGGCCUAAUAGUCUAGAACCACAUCGGUCAAUGUUAGCAUUGCAGAGGUAAAGGCAAGGUAGUGUUCUUGGCCUAAUAAUCUAGAACCACAUUGGUCAAUGUUAGCAUUGCAGAGGUAAAGGCAAGGUAGUGUUCUUGGCCUAAUAGUCUAGAACCACAUCGGUCAAUGUUAGCAUUGCAGAGGUAAAGGCAAGGUAGUGUUCUUGGCCUUAUAGUCUGAACCGCCUUAUAGUCUAGAACCACACCGGUCAAUGUUAGCGUUGCAGAGGUAAAGGCAAGGUAGUAUUCUUUGCCUUAUAGUCUAGAACCACAUGGGUCAAUGUUAGCGUUGCAGAGGUAAAGGCUGGUUGAGCAUUCUAGGGACAUAUAGCCAACAAUGUAAUGCAAUUCUAACCUCGUUUGUAGGAAACAUAUAUACAUUGGGUGCAUUGGCAGUUCAGUAUAGAUGAGAUUAUCCUAUUACAGUACAUAGGAGGGAAUGUUGUAGGAAAAUGGUUCCAUAUGUCAGUGAAAAAUCUAAUAUUUGGGGGCUCCAUGUCAAUAGUGGACAAGAUUAUCAUAUUUUGCUUUCUGACUAAGCUAUAUUUACAGGAAAACUGUCACUUCUCAGGGAUUCAUACCAUUUAAUAAAGUAAUAAAAAACACCUAUAAUUUGUGUUAACCUUUUCUUAUGAGAUAAUGAGUAUUCUUUUACAUUUUUAUUAAAGAUUUAGAACAUACCAUAAUCAAGUACAGACAAGACAAAGUCAGGGCAAACGCUGCAAAUGAGGAGGAGAAAUAGAAACCUUGUUUCAUUACUUUUCUGUAUACUUUCUCAAUAGCCAUCUGCAAUAAACAAAUUUAAUUAUGCUCUUCUUGCCGUUUUUAAAUGACCAUAUUUUUUCCUCUAGGAGGAAAUCUGAAGAGGAACGUACUAAAAAGGAGGAUGAAAAGGCUAGACGGGAAUUCAUAAAGCAAGAAUACAUGCGCAGGAAACAGCUGAAAUUAAUGGAAGACAUGGACUCUGUAAUAAAGCCCCGAACAAACUUUAAUAAAUCAAGAAAACCCCGGCCCAAAUCCAUUCAUAGAGACCACCAGCUUGAGUCUCCAAAAACACCAACCGGGCCCCCACCAGGUAAGACAAGUACGUACAUGUAUGAAGUGUUCAUCUGUAGACAAAUAACCAAAUAAUAGCUAGUGUUCAAUUUUCAUUCUCCCAUUAAAGUCACCAACCAAAUAAACUCACCAAAUAUACUCACAUAAAAAAAUAAAAGAAAUCUUACACAGUAAAACACCUUCUACGAAUUUCCACUCAAUUCUGUGCUGCUUUAGAAGUAUCACUGCAUACCCACUCCCCUCAAUUUAUCCACAAUAACUGGAAAAACAUCAGAUAUGGAGAGGGUAAAAAUAACAUUUGUAGGAACAAAACAGUGCUAGGGGAAAUAGCGUAAGAGAGAAGAAAAACUGAGAAGGGGGAGGAGAGAAAAGAAAAAGUAUAGAAGUGUAAAGUCACUCACCAAUAUUGAUGUUUCUGCAUCAAUUCACCUUUGAUCCCAGUUUGUAAGACCUUUCUCUAAUACUGACAAAGCCACGAUCCCAACAGUAUGGACUUAGCGUAAUUCUGGCUUUAAAUUGACCUAAAAUGAUGCAAGCUGCAACCUUUGCGCCUUUUUGUUCUUUUGUGUUGACAUCUGGUUUGAUGUAGCAAAAGUGACAAAGAUAUGAGACCCCUGUCAUUUUUGAACCAGAGCCUAAAUUUCGUUAUACUGCUAUUAUGUGAUUAUCAGUUCCUAGCCUGACUAUGUUCUUAGCCCUGACUUAAAGUUUGCAAAUCCUUUGACAAUUCUGCAACACUGUUUUCCUUGUACAUGAAUUUAAAAUCAGUUGUCCCCGGUAUAACAAAAUAUGCAUUCUUUCUGUUUUUUCACAGUUUCUAGUCUUUCCUUAGCAUCUUUGAACACAGCUGAAAAUGAAAGUGUGCAUUCUGGGAAAAGAACACCAAGGUAAAUAGCCCUUAAUGGAGAUUCACUUCUACACAGCUAUCUGCCUUAAUUAUGCUUUUAAUAAUAAACUUCUAAAAAGUAAAAUAUUUUUGUUUUCUCUAUGAUGUAAUAUUAAAGAAACACUCCAAACACCAUAACCACUACAUCACUCUUUAGAGGUUAUGGUGCCAUGUGUCCCCUGGCACUUCCACAUUGUAAGCAGUCUAACUAUUUUAGUUGAUAUGGCGCUUGGAGUGUUCUUAUGAGGAAGUGACGUCAACAUUACUUAUCAACAUAAAGCAGGACAGUUAGGAGGGAAGGUAACUUUAGGAGACUUUGAUUGGCAGUUGAUGCAUUUUUUCAUACUUUCUAUGCAUUGAUAGGUUCAUUGUAGAUUUUAAAAAAAAAAAACAAAAUAACAGCUAAUAACAUUUAUAUACUUCUUAAUGAUUGCUAAAAGUAUAAUAAAUCAAUGGGUGUAAAGAGGUAAACUAAGACAUCUUGCCAUUCUCACUUCUCUGGAAAUUAUACUGUUGAAUAAAAAUAACAUUUAAUUUUAUUCUUUUCAGACAUAUAAACACAUAUUGGUUAACUAUAGAGGAUAAGGAAACGUAAUAUUCAAAAUCCUUUCAAAUGGGUAGGGUAAAUGUUUCUUACUAUUCCUGAACACUACUACUUAGGUGUGACAUUUUUUAUUUUUCAGUCCUUUUAGGUCAGAAUCAGGGGAUGGAUUAGGUACUCCUGGUUGUUCUAACAGUCGUAAUGGUGAUAAAGACUGGGAAAACGCCUCAACUACUUCUUCAGUGGCAUCCGCAACGGAAUAUACGGGUGAGUGAUGUGUUUAUGCAUUAAUACUCAUAAGCUUCUGGAUAAAUCAGUUAUACUUGUACAUUAAUAGAUGGCCAACAAGCAAAAUAUGUGGAUAGCCAUGUCCUCUUCGUGUAGAUAAAAUUUAAUUUACACUUCAUUCUUCUGAAAUCGCACAAAAACAUAUAAAUUAGAAGAUUCUACAUAUCAAGCCCAGGAUUGCAUAGUUACUGUAUUUGUGACUUGAGUACACACAUGUGUAACUGAGCAGUUUAUACCUUUACUUGUGACACAGAAGCAGAAAUAAAAUCCUCAACCACCAGUGAUAUAAAUAAAUACGUUUUGAAAAAGUGUAAAUAGUCAGUAAUCACUGGCGUACAUACCGCGGUCGCAGGGGUCGCAGCUGUGACCAGGCCCAGCCCACCAGGGGGCCCGGCCGCCCUGCAACCCAGGUAUGUAUGCCAGUUUGCCAGUCUCUUCUCCUGGGGGGCCCAGGAGCUGGCCACCUCAGGGCCCCCAGAGGCUGGCAGUGGUUGUCUGUUUGCAGGAGCCGGAAUAUGACGUCACUCCGGCAGCGACGCGCGAGGGAGCUGAACAGGAGGGUCAGUGCUCCUUCGCUGCCUGCAGGACCGGCCGCCCAGCAGCCCCACUGGACACCAGGGAAAACUGGAAUCCCCUCAGCACUCCCAAAGGGGGAUUAAAUAAAAAAAAAUUGUAGUUUUUGUGUGUUAGUUUGUGUGUGUCUGUUAUUGAGUGUGUGUCUGCUAGUGUCAGUGAGUGUGUUACUGUGUGUGUCUGUUAUUGAGUGUGUGUCUGCUAGUGAGUGUCAGUGUGUGUGUUAGUUUGUGUGUUACUGUGUGUGUCUGCUAGUGAGUGUGUUUGUAUGUGUCUGUUAGUGAGUCUGUUUGGUAUCUGUUAGUGAGUGUGUGUGUCAGUGAGAGCGUAUGUUUUGUGAGUGUAUAUUUGUGUCUGUCUGUCAGUGAGUGUGUGUGUAUGUAUGUCUGUCAGUAAAAUUUGUGUGUCUGUUAGCUAGUGUGUAUGCGUCUGUUCGUGAGCGUGUAUAUGUGGUUAAAACCCCUUCAGCACUUACCUUUCUCCAGCACCGGGCUCCCUUGGCGCUGGGGAUCUCUCCGCCCCGAUCCGCCUCUUGGCUCCGAAUGCGCAUGCGCGGCAAGAGCCGUGCGGGCAUUCAAACCGCCCAUAGGAAAGCAUUACUCAAUGCUUUCCUAUGGACGUCAUCACAGUGAGACAGCUACUAGAGGCUGGAUUAAAGGAUCACUAUAGUGUCAGGAAAACAAAGCGGUUUUCCUGACACUAUAGUGCCCUAAGGGUGCCUGCACCCUCAGUGUCCCUCACCUGUGGCGCUGAAGGGGUUAAAAUCCCUUCAGCAGCUUACCUUUAUCCAGCGCCGGGCUCCCUCGGCGCUGGUGACCUCUCCUUCCCUGCCAACGUUAGUGGAGCAGAAUGAGCAUGCGCGGCAAGUGCUGCGGGCGCGCAUUCAAACUGUCUAUAGGAAAGCAUUUCUCAAUGCUUUCCUAUGGACGUUCUGCAUGCUGGAUGUGAAUUUCACAUCCAGCAUCGCAGAUGCGCCUCUAGCGGCUGUCGGGAAGACAGCCACUAGAGGCCGGAUUAACCCUGCAAUGCUUUCUCAAUGCUUUCCUAUGGACGUUCUGUAUGCUGGAUGUGAAUUUCACAUCCAGCAUCGCAGAUGCGCCUCUAGCGGCUGUCGGGAAGACAGCCACUAGAGGCCGGAUUAACCCUGCAAUGUAAACAUAGCAGUUUCUCUGAAACUGCUAUGUUUUCAGCUGCAGGGUUAAAACUAGAGGGAACUAGUACCCAGACCACUUAAUUGAGCUGAAUUGAUCUGAGUGCCUAUAGUGGUCCUUUUAAGUGUAUGUGUAUCUGCAUGCACUGGCGUACAUACCGUGGUGCCCGCUGCCAUGUGUUGCGGCCCCCGCAGAGUAAGCGCCGGGAGGGGGGGGCAUGGAUCAAUUUUCGCACCUUGGCCCCAUGGAUCGUGUGUAUGCCACUGUCAGCAAUAAAAUGUGUAUUAGGCUCUAAGUGUCUGCAAUGAAGUUGGGUUGGGCAGCAAACACUUAAUAGUGGAAUCCCUGUAUCUCCAUAAAGCCGAGUACAAGGGAAAGAAAUAAAAAGAUUGUGACCAAAACAAUAAUAAGCACAAAUGUUCUUCUGGAGGGGGAAGCAUCGGGAUAUUCUUAGAAAUAUUUCUCCUGAUGGGUAUCCUUAAAUAUAGAGAACCUCAAGGUGAUAUGAAACAGAAGAACAAAGAUAUACAAAAAAGCACCAGUGUGUUAUGUUGUCUGUGUUUUUCUGUAUCUUGUAACAUUGAGGAUUUCCAUAUUUAAAGAUGCCUACCAGAAGAUAAUAUUUUAGGAUAUCCUGAAGCUGUUCCCUCCAGAAGAACAGUUUGUAUUUUAAGUUUAUUAUUUAUAAUAAUUUUAUUUCUUUCUUUUGCUUUGAAACACUGUGGCUAGUAAAUUGCACUGUGUGAUCCAUUUAAAUGACAGACGCCCUGCACAAUGUAAAUUUGGAGUUCACAGCUAUGUAUCAUGAUGUCAGUAGUUUUGUUAUUGGUGGGUGUUCAAGGGCCCGUUCAAGAUGCAACACAUUUACACAUUCCUUGAAGGCAUCUUGAAAACUUUUUUUUUUGCCCCACAAAUUCUCUUUAAACCUCAAUAGAGAUUGCAUGAAAUAUUAAGAACGUCAAUCUUGUUUUCAUUAACAGUGUUUAUUAAAAUUUUUUUUUAAUUUUAGUUUUUUUUAUUCAGUUAACUCCAUUUUGUCUCUCUUCAUUGUCUUUCAUUAAGUGUAUCAGUCAACCUCAAAUUUAAAAUAUAUUUAAGAAGCAGUGAUCUAACUGAAAGGCAGGCCAUUCUUCUUCUAAAAUUGCUUUCUCUCCACAGGACCAAAGUUAUACAAAGAACCAAGUGCAAAAUCCAACAAAUAUAUUAUCCACAAUGCCCUCUCUCACUGCUGUUUGGCUGGAAAAGUAAAUGAAGGUCAAAAAAACAAGAUUUUAGAGGUCAGUUUCUCUACUUUGUUAAAGUGUCUCUGACAUCUUCUGGGGUCAUUGCAUAUUUUACAAAGACUUCAGAUUGUGACAUUGCCGCAUGGUGUGCAGUGGCCUAGGGGUGCAAGGGAAGGUAGGUUUUACUCACCUUUAGCUGUCCACACCCAUCUCCAUCCGGGUGAUCCUCUUCAGCUCCUGGCACUUCAUCUGCCAGGAACCCAUGCCAGUGCUGUACUGUUGCGCACAAUCAUGCACAACUAAUAUCUGUGGCUGGAGCCACUAUACACCAUUACUUUUUAUUUUAUUUUUUUCCACAGUCUUCACUAGUGAUAGCUGGGGGGAAUGACAAAACUUGACUGCAGUAGCUCUGCAAUUUGUCAAGAAGAGGGGGGAACAAAACACAAGAUGAGGUUCUCGCUACUUUGUCGUUUCAGUCUUUUUUUUUUUUUGUGAGUAUGUCACAAACAUUUUAUCUUUUUAUGAUAAACUCAAUUUUUUGAGUUAACUAUUAACUAGGUUAACUAAAUUAACUAUGGCCUCUUUAAUAUGUUUGGAUAAACUUUUAAAAAUGAUUUAAUAUUUUAAAAUAUAUUUUAUUAUUUAAUAUUUUGAUCUUUUUAAUAUCCUGGCAGAUUUUUUUAAUAUUUUGAAAAAAAAAUAUUUUAUUGGUCUAUCCCAAAAUAUCAAAUAAUUUUAAAAGCUAAUCCAAAAAGAUCAAAUUGAUGCCUAUAUGACAUUAUUUAAUGACUAGCUGAAGAAUUGAAUUAAUGCCAGUUUGAAAUCAGGAGUGGUAAGGAAAACAAUAUAUGUAUUUUGAGUAUGUUUGUAAGCUUACAACAGGAGAAGCAGAUAUAUUCCUAAAUAUUUCUUCUUCAUCUCUCUGACAGGAAAUGGAAAAAUCCAAUGCCAACAACUUUUUAAUCCUCUUUCGCGAUUCUGGAUGCAUGUUCAGGUCUCUCUACACAUACUGCCCGGAAACUGAGGAGAUCAGCAAAUUGACAGGCAUCGGCCCACGCUCCAUUUCCCGCAAGAUGAUCGAGAACCUCUACAAGUACAACUCAGAUCGCAAGCAGUUCAGCCACAUCCCCGCCAAAACAUUGUCGGCUAGUGUUGAUGCUGUGACCAUUCACAGCCACCUAUGGCAGACGAAGAGACCCCAAACUCCUAAAAAACUUCUUUCCCCCAAGGCAUAGCGGCUGACAUUUUCCAUUUGAAAACUAGAUAUUUCUUCUUGCCAAUGAAACUUUAAUAGAGUGAAACUAGACGCUAACUGAUGUCUUUAAACACAACUGGAAUGUAGGACAGUAUUAACCGAGGGCUGAUAUUGUGCGGAUGUGGAUGAUAUGGGGAUGGCGGGGUGGGUUGGUUAUUUAUCACAAAACGUUUUUAAGUCACAUAAUUGGGUGGGGUAGCUGUAUGUUUAUUGACUUCUAGGGCACAUGCGUUUUUGAUCAGACACUGAAGUACUGACAUUUUUCCAUCUUUGGUGAGUGGAAUGACUUGACAUCUCCUGCCUUAUAUAUUAUUUUUUAUGCUGCGUCUGUGUGAGUAAGUGACGACGAUGAGUUUUGCUAGAUAUUGAUAUUUUUUUCCUGUUUGCUUUUGUAGUAGGCAGAGAGUGUAAACUAUAACAUUAUUAACCCUUUUACUGGCAGAGUGAGGCAACUCAAUUCCCUUAAAAUAUGUCGCAGGACCUCAUAGAAGUAAAAGGGUUAAACAGUUCUGCUUACCUCAAAAACAAAAUGCAAAGCCAGUAAGCAUGUAUUUGACUGAACAUGUCUCUCGCUAACUAUUUUUUUUUUCUGUAGCUUAAGAAAGGUCUAUAAAGACCUUUGAUACAAGCACCCAUUAGUCUGACAUUCCCAGAAUGCAAAGCUCUCGUGUGCAAUUUCAUUCCCAGAAUGCAAUGCGCUCUUGUGCCGCUUGUAUUGUUAUAAGCACUACAUUUUGGUCCAAUUUUAUUUUAACCACCUCAUGGACUGCUACUGUAUUAUAUAUAUAUUUGUUCUGUUUUGUUUUUUUAAUAUUUUUUCAAAUUGUCUUCAAUUUAGAGACAUUUUAUUGGUUGGGAUAUAGUGUUACAUUUUUUUUUUUUUUUUUUUAAAUAUAUGAGCUAACAAAAGUCUUACCCGAUUUCUGCUGCCACUUUAAUAUCUCCUUUUUUGCGGGUUUUUUUUUUUAUACGUUGUAUUCCACAUACAUUAUGGCAAAUGUCCUGAAAUUACAAGACUAAUGCCAAUGUCAGAAUCAGUGUUAAAAGUAACAAGUUAUAUACCCAGGUGUGAACUACAACUCUCAUGAUGCUAUGCCAGACUAAUUCUUCCAAAACUGGGAACCUUUUGGGCACUCCUAGGGAAUAACUGUCAUUAUAUAUAAAAAACACUAAGGUUGCAGGCUGGGACAUUUUUUCCAUUGUCCUGUUUGGGUAGCGUGCAUUUUAUAAGGAUGAAAGGAAAUCGGCUGUGUGUUUAAAUUCUUGACUUUUAACGUUCAAGAUUGAGAUUGCUAGUAUUAAUUCAAACAGUGUAUUGUAAAAUUUUGAUAUAUGUCUGUGGUUUUUUUUCCAAUUUAGUUUAUAAUGAGAGAAAAAUUAGGUGCCAUAAAGUAUGAGUUUUUUUUAUGCAAAUGUAAUUGUAUGUAAAAAAAAAAAAAAAAGUCCAUUAACUUUUAUGACCCAAUCAAUUUAAAGAGACACUAAAUUUAUUUUAAUGACAUAAAUCCUUUCUUUCAAUUCUUAUGUCAUGAAAAGUUAGUAAAACAAGAAACAUUUUGAAGAAAUUAUGGAGCAGGAAGAUCAUGUGUCACUGCACAUAGUUUAAACGGACAUGCAUUACUUGACAAUUAUUUUUUAAACCAGCAACACUUUUGAACAAAUAUACAAACCAAAGUAUAGCAAAAGGAAAAAAAAAUAAAAAACUUUGAAAAAUAUGUAAUACAUGUUUAUAAACUUCCCACCCUUCUUAGUUUCAGACUAGCCCACUAAUGAUAGAAACAGAGUACAACUGAGUAGCAAGAGGAGAGAGAAUUUUGACACCAGAGCUAAUUCUGCACGUUCACAUUGAUCAGAGUACUCUUCUCCCCUUUCUAAGUUGGUUGCAAGGUGAAGAGAUCUUCCGAGUGCACAUGUGUAAAUCUGUUAUGCAUACCCAAUGCACUUUUCCAGCAUUCCUAAGGAUAGGACACUGAUAGUUUAGGUCAGUGCCCCCCCAUGUAGUGGGUAUGAAAAGCAUAAGGAAGGAGAAGCAAGUAAAUAUGGGGAAUCAUAUCUACCUGCUUUUUUUUCAGCCUGUAGAGUGAGGACACGGUCUCAUUCAAAGCUAAAGCGGACAUUGUCUCACAGUGAUACAUGUCCCACCAGAGAAGCCCAUCAUUUGCACAGUAACUGGUCAUCAUUUUGGAGCCAUUGUGUGAUAUUACGAUUAGAUUAUUCUGGCUGUAUCAUAAACCAGCAUUUGUGGAAAUGUUAUCGAUUCUGUUGAAUGAAUGCAUUGUUCCUGGUUGUUAUAUGCACAGCAACCUUUCAGUGUCUCAUCUGUGUGAGGUCUACUUCCAAAUACUGUUACACAUUGUUCUACCACCUAUAUCGUUUGAGUCCUAUUGUUAUUGUUUAAUCCUAAUCCCAGUCUGUGCUCAUUGGGACAACAUUUCUGAAUACUCUAGGUGUAAGAUGGUCAGAAAAAAAUGAAUGGAGGAAAUUAACAAUUAGAAAAAGUUGGUGAAAAAUUAAUGAAAGCAGAAAUAUCUAUUUUCCGAAUUAGUACAGAAGCUGUACGUAAAAAAAAAAACAUCCCACGACAAAACUGCUUCCUUUAGUAUGCAUUAUGUAGGGAAAUAUAAAGGCUCGUGCAUGCUGAGGCAUUCAUCCAUAGGGCUGAACAUGCUCCUAGCGCUAUGUGGAUUAGGUUAAUUUAUAGCCAAGCAUUCAAUGUCAAUUAAAAUAUAAACAACACUAGAUUUUAAAAAACAAAAAUCGCAAUCUUAUGCAAAUUUUUGGUAAACUGUCCGGUUUUGCACAUAUUUCAGUUGUGCCAGUUCCUUUUUCAUUUUCAAAUUUUGUGUAAUAGUGGCCAUUAAUUUUGGUAUAGUUAAAGGGACCCUAUAGGCACCCAGAACACUUCAGCUCAUUGAAGUGGUCUGGGUACAGUGUCCCAGCACCCUUAACCCUGCAGCUAAUUAUUGCACUUUUUUUUAUAAACUGCAAUAAGUACCUUCCCAUAAACUAGUGUUACUGAUUUUCAUUAAAAAAAAAAAUUAAUCUGUUUUCAAGAACCCUCCUUCAUCCACUUCUCAAAAAGGCCAGAAUUCUUUUUUCAUUUUAUAUAUAUAUAUAUAUAUAUAUAUAUAUAUAUAUAUAUAUAUACAUACACACUAUUCUGGAGCUUGGAGAAAUAUCAGCCAAUUAUUAUCAGCCAAGCACUAAUUUUGAGAUUAUUUAAUAAAAUAAUAAGUAUUGUUUAUUUUAUUGCGUAUUUUAUUUUGAUUUUAGGAAUUAGUUUAAAUGGCUUUUUUUCUUGCUUAUUAAAAAAUAUAUUGUUUUUUCAUUUUGACUAGUUAUUUUUUAUUAACCACUUCACUAAAAUGUUUGCAGUAUUUACAGUAUUUUUUUCCUUCUGAAUUUAAAUUCUAAAUUCAGCUUUGUUUUGUGGUGAGGGUCUUUUUUGUUAGAUAUGUUCCUUUAAUAUAUUAAAAUACUGGCCCUUGAAAUGUUUCUUUAUUCUAGCACCCCUACAAUCCUCACUAUAACCAAAUCCUUCCUCACUAAAGUCAUCGUGAUUUAUGUCUUUUGUCCAAUCAUGUUUCAGAUAGUGGAGCAUUGCUUAAAUACUGCUUUUUCUUGGCGAUCUCCCCAUUUCGCUAUUCCAAUGCUUCUCUGUUCGAAUCUUUGCAUCCAGUGCAUCUAUGCAGACAAAAGUCCAAAACUCCAGUAGCUGUCUGAAUGACAGCCAUGGUGGUUGUGGGGAUUGCAAAAUGUAAAUAGUGCAGUUUCUGAGAAACUGAACUAUUUUCAUCUCCAAGGCCACUGAUUAACCAUCUAUGCCCCAAAAUCACUACAUUAAGAUGAUGUGAUUUUGGUGCUUAAAAUAUUUCUUAAACAAUCCCUUGUCUUACCUGACAUGACCUGGGGUAGUGCAUACAAAUCUGCUUGAAAUUGUAUUUUAUGACUUGUAGAGUAUGGUGAAAGGUUUAUAUUAAGUUUAGUGUUUUGUUUUUUAAUCUGAAUAAAAUGUUACAUUUCAAUGUGUUUUAUACAAUAUAAAUUAAUUUGCAAGCAAAAGGUCUGUUGAAUGUCUGCACAGGAUAGUUUCCUCUUUAUACAAUGUGUCAUUGUUUGCAUGUAAAUCAGAUCUGAAAGUGCAUUGUAUAUCUACUGUGUAUAUAGAUGAUAGAUGUCUAUACAGUUUGUAUGCGCGUGUGCAAUACACACAGGUGAAUGAAGCCUACUAAUUCAAGGUAGGAGUUUUCUGUUGUCAGUUUGUCGGUUGUGCUGAAACAAAAUGUCUGCAUUGCACUUGAUUCUUGCAUUGUGAUCAUUUUUUUUUUUUUUUAAAUGGAGAUAAUUUCUGUAUAGCUGAACAUCAAAUCAUGUUCUUUAGUAAGUAACUUCACGAAGGAUGUACACAGAGUGAUACUUAGAGCAUAUUAAGAGGUCAUAUAUCCUAAUCCAAUCAAACCUUGCUGCUUGGGGAGUUUGUCAUGGUAUGAUAUAAUUGAUUCUGGGAAGACCAUCAGAAUUAUGGAAGAAAUUAAUUAAUUGUAUAGUUCUUUUCAUAAAUAUUAUAUGUAUGAACAUACACAAUAGCAGUUGAACACUGGAGAUCAUCUUUAUGUUGUCCACCCAUACUGAUAUGCAUGAAGCUAUCAUGCCAUUCCUGAAUGAUUUGUUAAUUGGGCAUUUCUUAAUUGUUCAGCAAGAUCGUAAUCUGAACACUCCAGAAGGUUGCCCAAGAACAUUGUGUCCAAAGUAUCAUGCCAUACAAAUUCUACUAGAUUAUGUUUUGAGAUUAAAGCGGCACCUGUCACUUUUUUGAGUAUUUUAUGAUGAUUUAACAAAGACUCCUAUUGACUGCAUUGGAAUUUAAUAGAAAUCAUUAUAAUGCAUUGUCUUCUCUUUCCUUCUUUACCAGUAAUUCAUUAAAGGACCACUAUAGUGCCAGGAAAACAUACUCGUUUUCCUGGCACUAUAGUGCCCUGAGGGUGCCCCCACCCUCAGGGUCCCCCUCCCGCCCGGCUCUUGAAGGGGGAAAGGGGUAAAAACUUACCUUUUUCCAGCGCUGGGCGGGGAGCUCUCUGCCUCCUCUCCUCCUCCGAUCUGCCCUGUCGGCUGAAUGGGCACGCGCGGCAAGAAGGACCUGGCACCCAGACCACUUCAUUAAGCUGAAGUGGUCUGGGUGCCUAGAGUGGUCCUUUAAACAUUGCUUUAAUACGGCUUAUGUUGAGUUUUGUAGGUUGUAAAAUAAACCUGCAAAACAUGAAAUUAACACAAUAGUUUUGCUGGUAUUGUAUAUGCGCAAAAUAAAUUUAUAUUGUGUUGCAAUUCACACAGUAAUCCAUUGCGGACCCUUUUUAACGGCUUUUAAAUUGUGUAAGAAAAAAAAACAACUGGUUUAUCCUUUCUCGCAGCUCCGUUAUUCAUGAUUUCUAAGCAGCAGAAAUAUAUCUCAAAAUAACUUGAAUGUAAAGCAUAUGAUUCGUGCUUUUCUUUAAAAAAAAAAAAGAAAAAAGUACAGCGUAACUUGUGAGUUAUUGCACUUAAACCAUAUAAUAUUGCAAGAGAAAUAGAAUAAAACUACACAUGUUUACUGUUCUAUUGCAAAUAAAAAUAAUCCUGAUAAAUUCUAUAAUUUUUUAGUUGGUGAAGUAACUCAGUGGUUAGUACUCCAUCUGCUUUAUCACAGAUCCAUCAUUUUGGUUCCUGGCAAUGUCAACUGUGCUUUUCCUCUUUGUCAUUAAAAACUUUAGGGUUGGGCUAUUAUAUUGAGACCCAGGAUAGAUACUAAAUGUACCCUUUCUGUUUAAGGGGAUACUGACACACUUUUUAGAGUGACCAUUUCCUUACCCCAAUACCUACUAUUGAUGCAUUUACUUAAGAUAAGGCCAGGGACUAAUUAAAAGUAUUUUAAAAUAUUGGGUGAAGUAGAUGGGCCUAAUGGUUCUUAUCUGCCAUCACAUUCUACGUUUCUACUGGGGUGAUAAGUAAAAGUAUAAAACACAAAACUAUUGCAACACUUCUAAGUGGAGCCACUACUAUUGUCUCAUGACUAAAUACGUGUGCAUUAUUACUUUAGUGCAUUAAGAGCACAUGCACUGGUCAUUCCUUCCAGUGUACGCCAUGGCACCAUGGGUUGUAGAUCAUUUACAUUGUGCCAAAGCUGUGCCUUUUACAGCUGGCACAGGAUGGAAAUCUGAAAACAAAAAUUCCACUUUGGAUUUUUCUGAAAAACUCAAAUCAAAUCAUUUUCACCUUUCAUACUUUUAAUAUAAUUUUUAUUCUUUUCAUUAGAGGAUAGUUGUGGAAUAUUAAAUACGCUUCAUGCUAAAUCAGCACUAAAGAUGUUUGUAACACUUUUGUGUUUUUAAUUGCCAAAAUGUAUAAUUUAAAAAAAAAUCUAUAAUAUAAUGACAUUUCAAUGACACUAUUCUUAUUUAACUUAUGGUGUUUUUAACAUGACUGUUAAAGUUAUUUUUUGUUUGGUUGUUUAAAGCUAAAUGGAGCUAUUUCACUGCAGCCAGAUGGAUUAAAAUUGAUUGUCCGAUGAAACAUUGUAUGCUUGAAUUUCAACUUGAGUUUUAGCAAUGCAACCUUUUUAUUAUGGUUUUGUUCUGGGUUUUUUUAAGAUGCUAAGCUGUAAGAUAUGGUCAUUGCUAAUUUCUUGGUAAAGUGUAGGUAUUUUAUUGAAUAAAAGCAUGUCACAAGAAACAAAUUGUCGUUGAUAUUCUUUCUUUCUAAUACAGUAUAGAAAUUUGUUUUGUGAAAUCUAAUGUUUACAUGUUUUUAUUUUGGUAGAAAUGAGACUUCUGUUAAAAUAUAUUAAAUUGCAUGUGAAAGCUGUAC